AUGGAUACAACUGCUAACGAAGCCGCUCAAGUGGUAGCAUUAAUGGAAUCAGGGAUGCGUCAAUGUGAUGUUGCACGGCAACUAAACUUGAGCCGUUUUGCCGUUCGACGAGUUUUCCAACGUUAUCAAGAGACUGGUGGCUUUAUCCGGAGGAAUGGAUCAGGCCGACAACGCUGCACAACGGACAGAGAUGAUCGUUUUAUUGUCUCGACGUCUUUGCGCAAUCGAUUUUCCAAUGCUGUAGAGCUUCAACAGCAACUCCGCGCAGCUCGCAGUACAACAGUAAGCACCUCUACGGUUAGGAGAAGGUUAGGAGAACAAAAAAUUGUGGCCCGCAGACCUGCUACCGGUCCGAAACUGACUGCACAGCAUCGCAAAGAACGGUUACAUUUUGCCCGUGAACAUUUUAAUUGGACGCUUGACCAANGUGGAGUAUGGAGGUGGAUCAUGCAUGUUCUGGGGCGGCAUUUCCAUCGAUAGCAAGACCGAGCUUGUGUGCGUUUCCCGAACUGGUGGCGCUCGAGGACAAGGAUCGCUAACUUCUGAUCGAUACAUUACAGAGAUCUUAGAAGAGCAUGUGGUACCAUAUGCGGGUUUUGUUGGAGAUGGGUUUAUACUAAUGCACGACAAUGCUCGUUCCCACACCGCAUUAAUUGUAAAAAAUUAUACGGAAGAGGUUGGGAUCCCUGUUAUGAACUGGCCAGCGAGAAGUCCAGACCUAAACCCAAUUGAGCACCUCUGGGACGAAUUAAAACGAAGAGUGCGGUCACAUGAUCCUGCCCCAACAACCCUCCAAGAUCUUCAAUAUACUGUUGUUGCGGAAUGGAUGAACAUUCCUCAAGAACGCAUCGUACGACUCAUAACUUCUAUGAAAAAUCGUAUGGAAGCAGUAAUUAAGGCAAGAGGAAGUAGCACUAGAUUUUAAAUAACAUUUAGUAACAGUUUUUUAUUUUUAUAUGAAGUCUAUUGUCUGUUUCUGUUUAUAAAACUGUAUAUCCUCAAUACAAUUUGUUUUCCUCUUCCACGAUUAACUUAUUUUUUAAAACACUGAUAAACAAAAACACAUACCAUUUAUUUAUUUUUCAAGUUUAUUUCAUCACCUUUCAAAUGAUAUAUCAUAACAGUACCCUUAUAUAUGAUUAAGUGUAGUUAAAAUUACUUUGAAAAAUAAUUUGCAAUAGGUGCGAUUUUUGUGACGCCAAGUGUAUAUCUAUUUAAUUAUUUUAUUAAAAUAUGGCAUAUAUAUUAUUGAAAAAGCAUCACUAUCAAUUGAAAUCCGCUAAGAAUCGAUUUUUUGUAAGUACUGGUUUAUCGUUACUUACAAGUUUACAUUAAAUUACCUAUAACAGUGGCUGACCGGCCCCAUUAUCCUAAGACGUCUUUUGUAAAUUUAUUUGAUACUUUAUAACAUUAUUGAGUUAGAAAUAAACGUACUCAGAAAUAGCAGAAGAAUUGACCAACCAUCACCAUCAAAAUACAAUUUGUUUUGUGUAUAAAUAUUUUCUUUAUAUUUAAAUAACUAAAUACAGAAUACAAAAAACAUUUAUUUUGUUUUUGUGCUACCUAUAUUUAUAAUUUAACAAGUUUCUUCAUUUUAAAUCACGUUUAACUUGUUUUUUUAAGUGUCUCGUGUUAUCACUUUAUUUGUAUGGUCACCCUAACUUGUAAUGAUAAUAAUAUGUGAUUUGUAACGCGCGCAUAAUAUUGCAAAUGCAAUGGCAAAUAUCGAAGAUUUAUUUUUAAUUUUAUAAAUGACCUAACCUAACAUAUUUUAUAACUACUAUAAUAAUAUAGUAAAGGAUCGUAUAAGUACGUAAUUAAUUUUUUUCAGACGUACAACUUGAACGCUCAAAUCGGUGAAUCCUCGGCGUGCGCUACCGCGUUGCUAUGCGGAGUUAAAGCAAAUUUCGAAACGGUCGGCCUAGACGGAAAAGGAAAAUUUGAAAGUUGUUAUUCGAGUUUUACGUCGAGGGUGGACUCGCUGGCCGACUGGGCUCAACAAGAAGGUACGUUCAUAUUAUUUUUAGCUGUUCACCGCGGUGCAUGUCCAGCUUCCACGGAGAUUCGGUCUGAAGGACUUCAAUAAUUCCUACAUUUUAAUUAUAAUAGUUCAAGUACCUAACGGCCUCACUAUGCAUAGUGGUGUACCCAUGUCAUAUCCUACUGAACUUGUUUUAUGGAAUAGGUACCAAGUUUUGUACCAAUCACUAUGUAAUCAAUGAUUUUACAUCUAUAACUAGUUUUAUUCAGACCCAAACCCUCUCAUAAUCUCCGUCUAUAAAAAUUCUGAGCACAACACUAUUUAAACAUAUUUUAAAAUUAUAUCUAUAGUGAGGUUUACGGCGUUUAAGAUAUUUUCUAAUCCUACAGUAGGGAGAACGCCUAAACACGAUGAGGUUGAAAUAGAUGAGGAUUUAUUUUGAUGAUAUUGCGAAACGCGUCUCAUCGUUGGUGUCCGACAAUGUUUAUUCAUUAUAAUGGUGUAUACCUAUUGUUGAAACCGAAUUAGUUAUAAAAUCACCUCAACGAAAACGUGAUACGUAUAUUAAGUGCAUUGAGUUUUCGGAGCAAUUAAUUCAUCGUCCAAAGUGUACCCAAUGGCACAUCGGUGGCAUUUAUAUUUUUAAUCAUUUAGGUUUUACAAAACUGACCGAAUACAAAAAUGCUUCGUAGCCGUCUUAAAACCUAGCUGUUUUAUUCGACAAGUCAAUUACCUACAGCAUUAACUCCAACGUUAGUCGUGAAGACGUCUGCGAAUUCGUUUUUUUUUUAUUCUUUUUAAUUUGUUCGAGUGGUUCGUACUUACGCCACAAUUAUCGACUAAUCAUAUCAUAUCGAAACUUUCUAGUCAUUCCAUUAUCGUUGUAUUUAUCUCUUGCCGUCGUCGAACCCACUAACUAUUUACUUAUAAUAUUUCCUAUUGGUUAAAUGAUAUAACGUUCAAAGUAUUAUUGUAUCCGUUUAAUAAGAAUGUCUGCUAUUAUGUCACCAAUACUCAACUGUUUUACCAUUCGCUAAAAUAAAAUUAUAUGCGAGAAUUUAAUAAUGUAUUUUAUUUAUUUUUUUUUUUUGAUAAAGAUUAAAGUACAUAUUUAAAACAAACAAACAAAAAAAAAAGGAAAUUAAUAUUAUGAGUAUAAAGAGCUUAAUUUCCGUUAUAAAUCAUAUAAUUUUUAUACUAUAGACUGCACCGAAACACAACAAACGGAUUAUUGUAGAUUCAUCAAACAUAUUAUACGUUAUAUAGUAUGUUAUUGCUAAAUAUCAUUUAUAAAAAAAAAAAAAAAAAAAAAACCGAUAAACGUAUUACAUUUAAUAUUUUUGUUUUUAAUAUAAAUUGGUUAUAAUAUAGUAUAGAGUUUAUACGAUUACAUUGCAAAGACCAAAAAAAAAAAAAAAAACAAUGAUAAACGAUUAUAUUGAACGAUUUUGAACGUAUACCUUUAAAUUAUUAACUAUAAUUACAGAAUGAGUUUCCAAAACUUGUUCAGGUCCAUGAAGUUGGUGUUUUAAAAAUUUAGUGUUUAAAAAGUGCUGAUCAACUUUGCCAUUUUCAAAAUUUGAUUAUUCAAAUCAGCAUAUACCUACCUAUUGCAGGUGUCUAAUGUUGUCUGUUAUCAUAACAACAAUGCCGUGUUAUAAUAAUAACUAGUUGUCCCGUUCAGCGUUUCCCGAGGAGAUUUAAUUACUUUUUGAAGUUCAUCAAUCUUUAGGGGUGUAUAUUGGGAAACAUAAAGUAACAUCGAACGUCCUCUUUGAUAAUUAAUAGAUAUAAGAAGUUCUAUAUGACCGGUGGUCAUACUUCAACAAAAAUCCGACCACGGAUUAUUUACCGUAGUUGAAAUACGAACAAAGGUUUUAUGGGGCAUUUUUAAUUUUUUAUUCUCAGUAGCCACGAAUGAUUGAAACCAUUUUUCCACCCACAUCGAAAACGAGUAUGAAAACGGAAAAUCGAGUUACUGAUUAUUAUAAUAUUGUCAUUGAUAAUAUUACAAAAUUUAAAUUGAUCGGACCACAAGAAGUGGGUCAAAAACCGAUCACAAUGUUUAAACUUUUUCGCGUUUAUUCUCAAAUAGGUUAAUACGAUAAACAUGGUGAAAAUAAUAUUAUUGUUACAAAGAAACGCAUCGAUUUUGUCGUUUGUGAAGUAUUUUUGAAGAAUUUCGGCAUCGUCCAUAUAUGUUAACGAAACAACAUCAUCCAGAACUUUGUUUUUUUUCAUAACUCUGCACGGUUGUUCGUUGAAAGUCGCCAUGUUUUAUGACCUCGUUGUUAAUUGUAUACAGUUGCAGUAAUAUUUCCCGACGGCUAAAAGGUAUUAUUUUAAUAAUCGAUGUCGAAACAUUGUAUUAUUAUCGACAAAGUACAAGAUUUUGUCGAUAUUAGAGUUACCAAAUUUCAUAAUAUUUUCUCAGAGCUAUAAUAUGCAAAAGGCGGAAAUCCGGAAGUAAGUUUCAAAUAGUUUUUUUUUUUUUUUGUAUAAGUUAAAAACAUUUUUGGAUUUAAGUUACUUAAACACAGGCCCCGGUUAAAAAUUAAUAAUAAUACUUGGAAAAUUGUAUUGUUUUUAAAACUUUGGAUUUUACAGGAGUUUUUUUCAAAGCAUAUAUGGAUUCUGUUUAAUAUAAUUUAUUUACGUCGUAAAUUCUUUCUUUUUUAUACACGGUUUUUAUGUUUUUUUUUUUUUUUGGUCAAGUUAACCAUAAAUUUGUUAAAGUUAACAUUGCAUACGUCGUCUACGUGGUUUUAAACACUGGUGCAGAAUACCCAUAAAUACUUGUCAGUCUUUAGACUUUAAAGCUAUUCCUCCGCUGAUGAGAAUUUCAAAUAAAAUACGAAUUUAAAAAAAAAUCAGAUACUGCUAGUGGAUAUGUCACUGUUAUAGAUGUGAUUUAAUUUAUAUCUGUAUGCAACAAUAUUGUUUCCAUUGCAGCUAACGAAAUAAAAUUCUGAGCGAAAUUCACUUUCAUACCUACAUGUUUUAAAAAGCCAUAAUAUUUACGUCAAAAUAUGAACUCAAACCGUUGAUGGAAAAAAAAAACAAGUAGAAUAAAAAACAAUGAAUAAAUAAAAAAAAUCAAAUUUCAUUAAAUUUGCACUAUUCUUUGGACGACACCAUCAGCGCCACCUUAUUAUCUCCACUAUACUACUAAUUCCACUGCCGCUGUAACUUUACAUUUUACCCUAAAAUCAAUAAACGAAGAAAGAUGUCUGGCAGAAAAUUAUUGUUUACGGACAAAAGAAAAAUACACACACAUCAUAGUGAAAUAAAUUAAUUGCUCGAUUUGAAUCUAAAAUGGAUUGAAAAUUAAUGUAACCCGUCUUUUUUUUUUAUCAUUUUUAAAAAAUGAUGUCCUUAUAUCUAUGAUGAUAGUAAAUUCGUUUUAAAUGAAAAAAAAAAUAACAAACCCACCCUCAUUUUUAAAUCUAUAUAGCGAGAGGUCCAAGAAAACCGUUUUAGAAAUUUUUAUAUCGAAAUAUAUAUACCAUACAUUUUUUUUUUCUAAUUUGUAGUUAAAUAUAGUAUACGAAAUACGAAGCAAAAAACUCACUGUAAAUAAAGGAAAUUCUACGAGAAUUUAACGAUAAAAUAAUAUUUUACGUAAUUUAUGUAAAAAUAAUGGAAAAUAAUUAUGUUUUUUUUUUUUUAUAUAUUUUUAUUCAUUGACUUCCGAGUAAUUCAAGGAGAGCGCAUCGUUCCUAAUUACAUAUAACGUAGUAGUAUUUUUUAAUUUACAAUUAUUUUUUUAUUUUUUAUUAUUAUUUUAAAAGUUUAAAUUAAAUCGCAAGCAAAAAUGUACAAUUAUUAAGUCAAUUUGAUUACCUACGUUUGUGAGUGUUAGUUUUAGUAAAAAACUAUAUCUCAUUUUCAUCAAAUACCGAGAAAAAAAUUAUUAUUCAAAACUUUAAUAAUGUAUUUUAAAUGUUUAAUCGAUUUCGUAUAAUAUUAGUAUCUGUUGGUGAUGUAUUGCAUUCGAAGUGUUAUGAAAAACAAAACGGACAUUUUAGAAAUAUGAAAUUAAUAUUUUGUUCUUGUAGUAUAUUAUUUCGACGGUUCAUACGCAAUCGAAACACACAAACGUUCAACGAACAAUAUAUAAGUGCUAUAAUAAUGUGGCUGUGCGAGUUAUAAGAUUGGUACAAUAUUGAUUGUAAUUAUCAUGUUGCGUGUUGAGUUUUAGAGUCAUUCUUCUAGUCUUAAACAAACUAAAUAUAUUGGAAAGUACAAGGGGCGAAGUAUAUGAACAGUAGGCUGGGCAUGCGCGGCGAAGUUUGAACCCACUCUUGCGUACAGUACUCGAAGACAAUUCUAUUAGAAAGAGGCCGCUGGGAGGACCACGCUUGAGAUGGGACGACUUAGACAGGAGCGUCGUGGAAGCGUUAGGAGGAGUUACGGACUAGAAGAUUCAGAUAUCGAAUGGGGAAAACCGGAGGCAAGACUGUGUGACGGGGAGAAGACUCAAAUAGUGUUAUAAAAAUAUCUGUUACGGCCGCAAUUAUCUAUGAAUGAGAUACAUAUUAUAGAGCAGCGAUGACACUAGUGAGGGAUUAAUUCGCUGGGAAAUAAAAAAAAAAAAUUGGUAAAAGUAAGGAUUCGGUUUAGCGGUCACAUUUUUCGUUGCUCGUUAGGCAUCCGUACUUGUCUUUAUUCGUGGAUAUACAGAAUAACUAAACACUUUACUAAUAGAUAGUUGAUUAUGAGAUAUAUUUCCAUGAAAGAUGUGAAACUAGCAACCGUACACCUACCGAAAGGCAAACGGUAUUGAGCUACUCAUGAAAUAUUUGUCUAUUCCACGAAUUCCAUGAUGAUAUAUAAAAAAUAAAAAAAAAAACAGUUUUUUGAUGACUAAUAUUUCAAACGGUUUUUAUUUCAUAUUUUAAUAGAGUAAAGUUCCUUAGAAUACUAUAUUUAUCACGUAGUUCAUAGAAUCAUAAUAUUUCAUAGAUAAAUCAAUAAAAUCUCUCAUGCAUAGUAGCUGAACUUCAAGUCGGUAUCUCAGCAAUGUGUCGCGCACUGUUUGUUGUAUUCUGAUUGGCAGUUGUAAAUUUAUAACCGUGUAAUCAUUGUGUGUCCAUGUCCUGCCGGAGAAUUUCCAGAGUUGGGCUAACUUCGAUAUAUUUCUACUGAUUUGGAUUCAAUGGGCAGUUAGAUCUAAAAACACUGUAACCUUAAAUAAACUAUGAAACGAUGCUCAUCGUACCGUCGCUGAAAAUCUUUGAAUCUUUGAAUUGGCUCUCACUAUUCAGUAGUUUGUACACCUGUGGUACGACUACGUGUUAAAAAAAAAAAAAAAAAAUAAGAAAUCUGUACAAAUGUUAUUCCGAAUAUUUUACGAACGUUAUACUUACUUUAAUACACACGAAUAAGUAUGAGUAAGUAAGAAUAUAUAUAUUUAUACAUGCUAUACACGAAUAUUUUUUUAAAAUAUUAUCUGACCGUUUAACUGGUAAACUAUACGAAUUUAAAAAACGGUUUUAAAUAAAACUAAACAAAUAUAAUGCACUAUAAUAUAAACCUGUCGGCGACCCGUGGGUACUCGGUACUCAUGUUACUAAAUUUGCUGACAACGUUUUGGAUUCAUCCCGUUCGUUGCUCAAUACAAACGAUUCGUCUGAACCGUAAACAGAAUAAUUUAUUAUACCAUUUUAGACUGUUUGGUCACUUUGUGCGCAGUGUCUCUAAAAGUUCCGUUUAAUUCCCGAUAGGUCGUUUUCCGUCCGGGGCACAAUCGCUUGUGUACCGGCGCAUUGAUUCGUCCUCCCGAUUCGCAUUAAUAAAGGUGUCCGUAAUGAGGCCAAAACCUUAGGAGUGAUCCCUAUGUCGCUACACUCCACCAUCACUGUUCUCCGAUUUUGCGGGAGAGUGGAAAAUUAAUUGCAGAAUUCUCUUCCGUCGCACUACAAAAAUACGUAAAAGGUUCUGCCUACCCCGCGUUCUUACUUCCUCGUCUAUUCUUCAAUUUCCUCAUUUAUAAGACUAAUUUCUUCCUCGCAAAGUUAAAGUUUUUAUAACGUUGUAAGCAAAUACUGUAGGUAUAUAAUGUUUUUUAUAAUUUGUAUUUUCCCGUAAGCUAUCAUUGAUUUUUUUUUUUUUUUUAGUGUUUUUCGAAAAAUUUAAAUAAUAUCCCUUAUGAUAUAUAAACCAUGUUAAAUUCGUAUCGUGACGUUUAAAGAUUUUUUUAAAUCAAAUGUUUUAUAAUAUUCAUAAAUUCACUCUUUUCAAAUAGCAAGUAUAUAAACUCAAAUUGAAUAGGCACGUACUUGUAUAUAGUCGUGUUUAAACUGAAUUUUUGAUUAGCUAGCUUUUUCUCUAUAGUUAAUAAUACACUAGUGAAUCUGAAAUAAUUAUCUUCAGAUCUUACCUUACCUUUAGAAGGCAGGAGAACUGAACAAAAUGUCGGGGUUCAUAUUUUUUAAACGUGUGAUACACGUAAUUCAAUACACCAGCAUCUAUAUUUUACUUUUAAUAUUAGAAUAUGAGCAUAGUGAGGAAUGCAUUGGUAUUACUAGAAUGUGUGUGAAUUUGUUUGUGUGUUUGUGAACACAUUUUUCUACCAGAAAUCUCACUCUAAUAAAAAAAAAUACAAGAAACCUUAUUUAUAGAGCAUUGGAUUAUUUCAUGGUGAUUGUUUUAUUUUCAAAAAAUGUUCAUAAUAAUUCAGAAAAAUCGAGAAAACAAAAGAAGACCGGGACAUUUUACAACAAUAACGGUUUCGUUAAUUUACACGUUUGUUUUUUUUAUUGCAAUUUGUUAAGAAUUAUCAUACAAUAUUAAUACUGGGUUUUUCUAGUUCGCGAUCAAAUGUUCACACUAUUCUGGUGAUUUUUGAGUUUUAGAGGGAUUUAACGUUUUUUAAAUCUUGUUUAGUCCCCAUUUCAUAUAACGAUUUAAUUGUUUGGCCAAACGAAUACGCUCGGAAAUCUUACACGAUGUUAAUCAUCAUUUUUAACUAGUAUUGAAAAAAAAUUAGUUUAGCGUAAUGAAGUAAUAUGUUUUUAUAAGCGGGUUUUAAGUAAUUAAAAUCAUUUUAAAACACGUACAUUAGAACUUUUUCAGAAUUGUAUUUCAUUAGCAAUAUAUUAUCAUUGUAUACAGACAUGAAUAAAAUUACUCUAUUUAUCCUACUUUCCUAAUUUAUCACUUAAAAAAGUGGCACAUUCGGCAGCAGUAUCUGAUCUUUUUUUUUUACACAUUAUAUUGUAAUGAUCAAAAUAAUAAUUAAAUUUUUUUUUUCUGGAAAAUCAUUCAAUGAUUUUGCACUAUGUCAUUUUGAUGUCACUAUGACAUCAAACUUAUUGAGUUACGCUAAACCAGUCAAUCUUCUUUAUCACAUGUGGCAUCUCAUCCAAGUUUUCAAUCUAAUAAACAAAGAAAUAUGUCAAGUACGUGAAGUAGCAGGAAAUCGUAUGAUUAUAAGUAAAGCUCUAAACACACAAAAGCAGAGUGUUGCUACUGGGUGACUACUCACUUCAUGUGUUUUCAUGGUUUAUUUUUUUUUUUUUAAAAAACAUGUACUUAUUGUAAAUAUUUGUUUUUUAGAUAUUGCACAUACAAUGUUAAAUAAAAAAAAAUAUAGACAAGCGAAAUAUGUAGUAAAAUGUGCCCUUAAAAUUCGUCCAAUAUAGAAUGGUGUUAAAAAAAGAGAAAAAUUAUAAAAUGCAUCAAUUCGGAACUCGAUAAGCCCUAAUAUUUAAUUAGGAAUUUUCUAACUUGAGUUUCAGGUUUUCCGAGUAACCCUGACUUUUCCUCUACUUUUUUUCUACUUUUCAUUUCGCUAAUAUAUUUUUUUAGUUCCUAAAAAAACGAAUACGAUUAUAAUAAUACGCUAACGAUGGUAAAAAUACUAAAAUGAUUCAAUACUUUUAGGACGCGGGCACGAGCGUUUUUGGGACUAUACGACUUACCGAUAAAAUUAAAAAAUAAUAUAAAUUGCGGCCCUUAUGAAAAUAAUGUGAUGUGCAACGCCGCUUGUUCUUUUCUCGGAAUUGCACUUUAGAAAAUCGAAACAGCUGACUCGUUAUUUUCCCAAGUAUAAAUAAUAAAAAACGCAUAAACGCGUACCGAGUUUAAAACCGUAUAGUACCUAAUACCACGCGAACAGCUCGUAAAAAACACCGUUGAAUUCAUUUUUUCGUUUUCGGAAAUUUAAACGAUCCUCUGCUCCUCUAUCCAACAGUGAACACAGUACACACGAGGUAGUUGCCAUGUAUAAGAGAGAAACUGCCAGAUUUCACCAUUUUAUUGUAUUGCGUUUUUAUUUUUAUACUCGUUUCCAUAUUUUCGUAUAUUGUGUUCGUAAAAUGAUUUUGGUUUUCAUCCUCGUAUUUUCCAAUGACUCAAAAACAACCGAUUCAGCAUGUUCAUACACCGCAGAAGAGUAGGUACGUAAUAAAAAAUCUAUACAUAUAUAACUUGUCGAAUCGUUUGAAAUAUUUUUAUUUUUACUUUCCGUGCUAAACACUAGAGUAAAAACGUAAUCGACAAUUAUUUUUAUUUCAAUUUAUAUAGCAUGGUUGGACUACGCCAUCGGGAAAGCCUCGGAGAACCGUUGAUAUUUCGUCUAUACAUAAUACAUGUAUACUUGUGUAGAUGAAUCGUAACUGCUACUUAUUAGGCACUUCAGUAUUUUAUCGAGAAAAAUUAAAUUGUAAGUGAGAGUACAUUGUAUAAUUAGGUAAUUACAGACUAAGAUUUGAUUUUUAUUAAAAAAGUCACACAAAUGAGGUUUUUAUCAAUAAAAUAAAUAUUAUUUUAUAUAAUUACGUUAUAAUAAUAUUAUUAUUAAAUCGUAUUUACACGUGAAUUUAUACUUGUUUGGAUCCAGCUAUAUCCAAUCAAUACUUAUGUACUUUGUCCUGACUACCUAUCUCAAUAGUCACGGUGUCAACAAAUAUAAUAUGUAAGUAUAGGUAUAGUGACUUAUUACGUAUAAAAAUUUCCGCUGUUUUUAAUUCACUUUGUCCACUUGCAUUCGGGCAGGAUGGCAGGAUAAACUUUGCGGGGCAUUCGAUCAUACUGUACCUUAGCAAUAUGAGAAAAAUUGGAAUGAAUUGAGCAAUUUAACAUAGCCCAAAAUGUUCGGACAUUGUGCGCCGGACUUCCUGCUUUGCUCGUAACACAUAUAUACAUUUUAAAAAAUAUUUUCACCCCCUCUGCCUUUGGGGCUUGUCAAGACCAUCUAUAUUUGUAUUUAUUUAUUUUUUUUAAAUUACUAAAAAAGGUCUCUUGUUUUUUUUACUAUUAUGUUGAAUAUAAAAACUGAAAUCAAUUAUUAUUGUUAUUUGUUUUAAUCAUUUCGAGGAUAUUUACCGAGAGUACUAAUCAAUACGAAUUAUACCUAUUCAAAAACUAUAUGUACAUUUAAACGAAAUUGUUUUCAUAAUAUUAUAUUUUAUUGUUUUAAAAGAAGAGACUAUAAAAAAUGAUUGUAAAAGCAAUACGUGGUUGGGAAAGAGGAACCCCGAAAAUGAUAUAACUUAUGGACAAAAUAAUAUUGAGAUCGCGUUAUAGACAGGGUAUGCAAUGUGCUUAAAAGAGAUAACGUGGGAGACCGUAUCGUGGGAGGAGUAGAAAAAUACUUAUAAACAGGAUAUACUUCUAUACUUGUAUACUCGUGAAAAACUGAGAAGUCUCCCGAAGAAAAAAGACAAACAUAAGAUUUCCAUCUUUGACGGGCUAAUGUAUAAAUUACGUAUAUAAUUUAAUAUUUUAAGUAAGAAUAUAAUAAGUAACUGCUGUAUAUUUGACUUUAAAACAUAAUUUAUCAGAUAUUAAAUUACAGUAUUAAACGUAGUCAACAACAUAUGUUUGGUUUAAGUUUAUUUGCAGAUAUUCCGCAGUGUUAUAUUUAUCGACAUGAUAAUAUUACGAUGCUCAUUUAAUAAUCCGCACAUAGAUUAUGUUAUUAUCCGUACAAUUAUUGCGUGGUUUCGGGUGUGCAAACCGAAAAACCGUUUCGAAUUAUCGAUAUUUGUCCAUAAUUCAGUUUGACGAACAUAAUAGUUGGAUAUUUGGUAAAAUCUCCGGGGGCUGAGGGGGAGGGCUUGGAAUUUUUACUAAUUUUACCUUACUCAUUAGCAAAAUCAUUGAUUCAAUAAUAUAAAUGGACUGAGCGUUCCGUAUCUGCUGUGUAAUACGAAAACGGUAGUAGAAUGAGAUAGAGCUAGGUAACUCAUUUUUGGAGGUGCACGUUACAAUGGCACUAUAACUUUAAGUAUGUUCUUUUAAAUUAGUUCAAUUCUUUAGUAAACAAUUCGUAAUCAUUCGUAACCACAAAUUCGGAAUUCUUAAACCUAAACCAAGUACCAGAAAAAUCGUUUUCCGCUGGUGUUAUAAACCUUCUUAUACGCUUUACAUACAAUUGGAACUAAACGAGCAUAUACCUAAUCAAAAUAUGUAAGAGUAGUAGUAUUUUUUAUUACAGAUGUUUUAUUAUUUUAAAUUUUAUCAUUUUAAUUUUAUUUAUUAAUUAAUUACCUUUCGAAUACAAAUUUUACUCGUCCCACGAAAAACAAUAUUUUCCAGUGUUUACUUAUAUUUUGUAUAGUAUUCAUCUAUUUACAUAACCUUCUUAGUAUUAUCGUUAUUAUCGUAUCUGCUAUGUGUAUAACUAAUGAUUUUAGAUACUAUCUUAAAUCGUUAUAAAAACCUAAUCUAAUAUAAAGUAACUCCAUGGACUGUCAUGAUACAAAAUCAAUGAGUAGUUAUUAAGAGGACGCCACACCCGUAUGUAUUGUUUCCGUCUUGCAUACAUACAACUUCGCACAUUUUUAUUCAGCGAAAUAAAUUUAAUGCUGUUAGCUUUGAUAUUAGUCAAUUUACCUAUUAUCAAACUUAAAUGUAAUAUCUAGGGUAUAUCGGAAGCUUUUAUUGACAUUUUAAUUUUAAAGUGAUUUAUAGUUAUGUAAAAUAUUAAAACUUUAAAAUGUUCGUAUAUUAAAUCAUAGAUACUAAGGUAAAAUUAAAGAUAAAAUAAAGUCCAUUCACACGUUUACAAUAAAAUAAUUAACUUUAAGAAGCCUAUCAGGCUAAUAAGAUGGAGACAUACCACAACCAUCUACAUUUAAACAACCGAGUAUUUAAAACAGCAUGUUAACUGUUUUUAACUUAAACGUUUUAACCUACCUCAUUUUAGGGGAGAAAAAAAAAUCAAACGUGGUAAUUAACAAAAAAUAGGCGUUUUAUGGUGGUUACAAUUUUCUCUAACUAUUCAUUCUAAAUCAUCACUAUCCACUGCUGUCGAUUGAUUAAAAAAAAAAAACAUUAUAUUUUGUAAAAUAUUGAUAGAAAAAAAGUAGGGGAUUAUAAAUAAUUGUUUUGUAAACUAAUUAACAAUAAACGUUGUGGGAUGACUAAAACCUUCUGCAGGAAAUAACUCCGGAGUGGUUUGAAACAUUUUAAGAUGCACCCCUAAGCCCCCCCUCAAUACUCUUCUCAGUUUAAAAUAAAAUACUUAAUUAAAUGUUUUUAAAUAAAACAUAUUACUGAUAUUUAUAAUUGAAAAGUAUGAAAAAUGUUCGUAUUUUUAUUGAAUUUUAAAUUAACUAAAUUAAUAUAUUAUGCAAAGUUCCCGGUUUCCAAGUAAAUUAUAAACUGUAGUUCCAUGUUAUUCAGAUUUUAAAGAACUCAGUAUUGUAUUAUAAAAGUAUAAAUCUAAAUUAAUUAUGUAACUUCAUUGGUAUUUAGUAGUUAGGAAAUUGUUUAAAUUCUUAACUUAGGUAAUUAUACUUUUUAAUACUGGCUAGUAUAAAUUUAUAUUAAAUGAAUCCACUUAUCAUUUAGAUAAAUAUGACAAACUAGCGACGGACGGACAUGACGGUAAUAUAAGGUGUUCUAAACGUACGUUCAAAAACCUAAAUGAAAUAAUCGAAAUCUUAAUUCGAGUGGACUGGAUGGAUUAUAAAAAAAAUAACACCUCUAUAAAAAUCUACAAAAUAAAAUUAUUAUCAAUUAUUGAAAUAGUUGCAAAACAAUACUAAAAGUCGAAUAUAUCCGUAUUAGGUGUAUUAUUAUUGCCAAAUGUAAUACUAAAUAAUAACAUUUAUCUGUUGGUACGGUCUAUGUCGAUUUUCAAAAAUUAACUGAAAUUUGAACGAAAUAAAGUCUGUGAUACAAGUGAGUUUCCCGAGAGUAGAACAAAACAUAAAAAUGAUUAAAUUAUAAAAUAUUAUUGUAUUAAACCGAAAGCGGUUGGUUCGUCAAAUAGUUCCUGUUUUUAUUAUACCCAUAUUGUCUUGGGAAAACAUGGGUAAUUUCGAAAAUUAAAAUGACACUAUGGAAAUAUACCUGACUUUAUAUUAUUUCACCUAAACGAAGAUCGAUCGUAAACGUCUAAGUUGUCUAAGUUUAAGUAAUUGUUAUUAUAUGCCGCAGAUGCUUAUGCGAUUUAUAAAUUGUUUUAUUUUUCUGUAAUUUUUGUACACACAGCUGUUUACACGCAGUUAGUUUUAAAUUUAUUUACGACUCGAGAGAAAAAUUUAAAAAAUAAAAAAAUAAAUAAACCAUCUCAUCAGCUAGUUUUUAAUUAUUGUUUUCAUUAAUUUGUUUUUAACUAUAAUAUAAACACAACAACUGGGUUACACUCUCCGUCGAGGCGUCGUAACAAAUUUCCAAACCGCAUUUAUUUUGUCGUUUUUUAAAAUAAAAACUGCAAUUUGACCAAUAAAAAGAUUUCGUGUUGAGAGGGAGCACGUUUUCCCAAUGCUCCUUGCGGAUACGCACUGCUUUAUAGACAGUCUAAAGCAUUAGUGUACAAAUAUUUAAGAAAAUCUAUUUAAUUACUUUUAUAGUUUUAAAUACUCUUUGAAUUAAGUAUUUGAGAAGUAUUUCAAACACAGUAUUAAACAGUAUUAAAGUAUUUUAAUUUCAAAAAAUUCCAUGUUGCUAAUCAAUAUUUAAAGUAAUAAAAGAAUAUAUUAUAAUUUAUAUUCCGUGAUUUAGAUAUUGUGAUGUCAUCCUCGUUAAAAUCCGAAAAAACCAAGUCAGACAAACGUAAAUUGACAGUGCAUAGUAACGAAUGAGACAGAAAUUAAACUACCGUGGGAAGCUAACACUUUGAAUAAACCAUGCUGUUUAAGUGCAAUACAACAUUUUGGAAAUGAUUAUGGGAUGAUAAAUUUAUAAUUCCUAUUUCAUAACAUUUGUUUAAUUCAUUUAACGUGUUAAAUUAUUUCAGAAUUAAUUUACAGAAUAUUUUAUUUAUAUUCAUUUUUUAAAAAUAAAAUAAAUUAAGUGGCACAAAGUACUAAUAAUAUUGGUAUAUAAAUAGCUGAAUAUUGAAUUUUAUGUUAGAAAUAUCAAAAUUGAUUUUGCAAACAUACUUGGUUCGGUAAAAAACUAAAUUUAUCUAUUGAGCCAAAUUAAACAAGUAUUUUAGAAGUAUUUAAAUACACGCUGAGUAUUUAUAUUUUUGAGGAACGGCAACAGGAAAAGUUCAAAAGAUAAGGCGAAAGUUUGGUGUAUCGUCUCGCGGAGCUUUUUUUUUAAAAAGAAGGCGUAGCACAUACGUUGCGGUGGUUAUGUUCACUGAAAGAAUUCUGUGCUCUCUCAGCUCCACACUCACUGCAUUUGUUAGUCGGAUAACCUUCAAUACUGAAUGUAAUAAUAAUAAUAAUAAUAAUAACAUUAUAAUUUCGAAAUUAUUGGUCUGGCGACGUUUAUCGGUAUACACACAACAAUGUCUCACGUUUUAUUUUGUCGUUUUUCUCAUAUACAAUGUAUAAGACAGGGAAGAACCGCAGUAUAAUUAUAAUAAUAUUUUGUGACGGAAAUUUUAUUACUCGAUUAAAAAAAUAAUAAUAAUAAUAAUAAAAUCGAAUACAACUCUGGCUUAUUACUAUUGCUAUUGUGUUCCGGUUUCGCUGUAGAUGUUCAUAAAAUUCUUUAUCGUUGUAUAAAUAUUUGCACGUUCAUCAAAGCAGUAAAACGUUACGUAUUAAUUUUCCAAUACAUAUUUGUGAACGUUAUUUUUUUAUUAUUUUUUUUUUCUCAGUUUAUCAGUUUACGCUUUUUCAAUCGAUAAUUAUUAUUUCGGAUGUACGUUGUAUAAUAAUAAUGUUGUUUUUUUUUUUUUUUAUUAUUAAAAUAAACAUACUUUUGGCACGUGCUUUUUGGCUAAAACUUAAUAAUAUAACGUACGCGUGGUAUUUUUGAUAAGCGUUACAAGAAUAAAAUAUCGAUAAUAAGUAUUGAUUAUAACAGUUACAAUCAUUGAGAUAAUAUUUUAAAUUAAUUUAAUAAAAUUAUAAUAAUACAUUAUAAUAUUACUUUGUGAAAAAAAAAAACUUUGAAAAUCAAUAUUACAAAUUGCACGACUAAGCCGAGUUGUAAAUAAGCUUCGCAUAGAAUGUACGUUCCUUUCAACCAUAUUAUAUUAGGUAUAUUGAUAUGGCAUUCCUAUAAAUAAUUUACUUAAGUACAGUGGAAUAAAUACAGUGCAUACCUAAUUUACUGUUAAGGAUUAAAACGGGAUUAAAUGCAGUAAUAAAUUUACAUUGGCGUAGGUAUUAAAAAUACAAUAAUAAUUAAAUUUCAUAGGAGAAAAUUUGUAACAAAAAAAAAAAUAAAUAAAUAAAACAUUGACGGAUAUUACCCUUUCCAGUGUUGUGUUUUAUCUAGAUGAAUUUAUCUACUUAGGAAUAUAUCUUAAUCUUGUAUUUUAUCUAACUAAAUGAGAAAUAAGUUAUUUGAUCCGUUAUCUAAUAUAAAUAAUUAAAGGUGUGUACCGAAUCCGGAAUGUUUGUUAUAGAAUGUUUGUUUUAUGAUCGGUUAUGAACAAAAUAGUCUGUUUUAUCUAUAAAUAAAUGUAUCUGAUAUUAAUCCGUAUCUAGAUAGUUGACUUGGUACGCAUUGUGACUUUUUUCUGUGAACGACUUUUCUACCAGCAAUUUUGUUCCAAUUUACAAUGAAAACAUUUUUUCUAAAAGGAAAUUUGACUGAUAAGGUACUUUAGGAAGGUCAUUUUUCGAUAUCCAAGGAAUUUUCUCAACAAAUAUGAAAAACCGGAAAAAAAAAACUGAAAAUCGGUGCAAUAUUAAACAAAUAUUAUAAAAGAAAAUAUAUAAUGGUUAUUUAAUUAUUUGACCAUAAUAUGACAAAUAUAUUAUUGACAAAGCAUCAUUAUUAACUGAUCUCCGCUCAAAAUUGUUUUUUUUUUUUUUGUUAGCAAUGGUUUAUCAUUUCUAUAGUAAUACAAAAAAGGGGAUAUAAGGAGGGGGGAUAAUGAUAUUAUGAUAAAUAAUAAUAAUUAUAAUAUUAUAAAUGAUAAACGGGGUGUUUUACUUUGAUACCUAUAUUAAAUUUGGUAUUUGAAUCAUUACCUUUCUCUCGCUGUUUUGAGAGCUACGGAGUCAUUAGUCCGAGAAUAAUGACGAUAUCAAUAAAUAUAAAUUAUAGUUUUUUUACCUGCCCACGGUGUUGAAACGCUGGGGUAUCGAUCGUAGGUGUCCUCGCGUGGUUCACGUGGUCCUGGAACUGUAGGAUGGCAGUGACAACUCAAUCAAAAUAAUCUAAAUUAAUCUCAACACUUAGAAACUGCGUGUACUCAGAUAAUAAAUGUUAAUGUUUAAAUUAGGACAGAAAGAAGGUUGAAUAAUUAAAAUGAAUAUAUAAAAUAAAUUGAACACAUGUGAUUAUAGCUACUAAAAGUCGGAGUUAGCUAUUCAAGAGAGAUGUACGAAAAAAAAGGUGGUAGUGACUGUAUGUGUUUGUUUCAGGGUUCUCGACAGAGUGAUUUUCAAAAAUCUUUCUCAAGCAUCUCAAUCGCUUGAGAAACUAAAAUAAAUGUCCUCGCGUCGGGGCCGAUGUACAAUGAUUUGCUGACAAUUAAACUUUUAAAAGAAGAAAAUUUAGUUUAAUAAAGUGAUUGGGUGGUCUGCAACCACGCCAGUGCGGGGACGACAUUAGAUUCUCACACGUUUUGCAAUGUGUUAACUACUAAGAAGUAUAUUAGUCUCUCAAAUAACGAACGCCCCGUUGUAUAUAUUAUCUCAACGAUUUUUUUCACUACGUAUCAAGUGAUUGGCCGUAUGCAAAUCUUUUAGUCCUAGAUAUUUUAAAAUGUAUCUAUAUACGACACUGACACCCUGUCUAGUUAAAAUAUAGAAAACGAAUUUUUAAACAUUUCAUGUAACUCGUCCGAUUCGAUCGAAUAACUAUCGAUACCUACUGUAUAAAAUUAAUCCGGUACACAUUUUGUCAAUGGGCGGGUUAUAAAACCUAUAUGUAACCUUAUAUUUUAUACAUUUUUAUUUUUCAAGCAACACCACUCGAAUUUCGUUUUAAUACAAUACGCGUCGCUACUGCUGCCUCACCGCCGUCCUUUGGCUUUCAUUUUCGACACAAUAUUAUUUUUCAAUCUAAAUCCAUUCGGAAAAACGAUACAACCCUGCAAAAACAACGGACGGGUUUGACCUUUGUAUAUAUACCCUUUUCCUUUCGACAAACUCUAUACACACAGAUAAUUUAUCGUUUCUGUUACGAGCCGACAAUCAUAAUAUUAUUACUAUUAUUAUUGUACGGUAGGUAGUCCAUAUAGUAUUGCCGUGUACGUCCACCAUAAAACAUUUUGCACAAUUUUUAACCGAAAUUCCAUAUUCAAGAUUAAAUUUGUGAAUAAUAAUACAACUAUAUUAAUUUUAGUGUAAUUAUAUUGUAUAUAAUAUAAGUAUCAUAAGUUUAAUUUCAAACCUAUUGAUCGUAUUAUAUGAUAAUUAUAGAUAAUAUUAUAAGUGUUUUUUUUUAUUUUUGUUUUGCUGUCUGUUCGCAACUCACAACCAAAAAUCUUCUUCCAGUAGUAAAUUUUGUCCAGUUGUUAAAUCGAAAAGGUUAUUUGUUUCGUUUCCCUAAUAGUUUUCUUAAUAAUUGGGAAAGCCUAGUUAUUGCGAAAUGCUCGUAAUUUUCGAUUCAAUGAAAUGCAGAACAACAUCACUAAACGAUCAAUUUGUAUUAUAUCUAAUGGUUUUAUAUUUCAUUUUUAUCAUUAUUACAAAAAGUAUAUGAUCAGUAAUAAUAACAAUAACUAACUGGAAGUUAGGAGGAAGUGGUUUCUUUAAAUAACAAUAAAUCUGGUGACAUUUUAGGAUCGUUCGAUUGUAGUAUCUGUAAGUGGUCAACGUUGUAACUUCGGAUACUAUGAUCCACUGCAAAUAGAUGGAUAUAGAGCCGAAGCUAAUAAAGAAAUCGGAGAAAAUUAAAAAAUGUUACAGAUAUGACUGGUGCAAAGAGAAUCCCAUUUUGUACUUUCGUUGUGACACUGACUACAAAUCCAACAACUUUUUGCGACAAAUAAUGUGAAAAGACAAACCGAUCUGAAUAUUGAAUCUGAACGUGGUGAUUGAGAAGUCAUGUAGUACACGGUUCUUAAACUGUGGUCUAUGAACCCCUGGGGAUCUGUGAUAUUUAUGUUGGGGGUCCGUGAUAACUCUAUCAGUAAAUAUCGAUUAUGAUCACAUGAGAUAUUUUGUAAAAAAAAAAAUAAGGUAUUAGUAGGGGAUCCGCGAUUUCUAAAAAUUUUUCAUCGGGGGUCUAUGUACACCAAAAGUUUAGGAACCACUGUAGUAUACAAUACUCACAAACACGAUAUUGAAUAUUGCUUUAAAUGGAAUGUCUGAUAAUUGAAUUGUCAAAUAGUACAAUCUAAGGAAAUACUUCGUUAAGUAUUCUUUGGAAAUUUCUUAUCAAAACUUGAAAAUCAUUGAUGUGUAUAUACGACAAUGAUAUGUUGUAUGUGUGACGUCGUUACCAAUAUCAUAGUACAAUAUGAACCGAUUCAGAAUCCGACCAAAAGGUGGGCAAACAAACGCAAAUACAUGAUAAUCCAAUCACUGCUAUUAAAUAUCCGUUUGAAAACUAUCCGAAAUUAAGCGAACUUCGAAGGAACGUAACUCUGUUGACUACUGGGUUAACCGUUCGUUAAUAGAGUGUCAGUUUUUUCGUUACCGUUGUUAAUUUUUUUUUUUAAAUUUUCAUCCAACUCGAUGGCAAGUUAUUAAUGAAAUCGCCGUCGAAUGUGGUAAAUUGAUUUCCCCUGUAUUACAAUGAAUUGUCGGAAUCUAUAUAUUUCGAUAAAGUCUGUAAACAAAUUAUUACUUUUUAUAAUAUAUUUAUUUUUUUUUUUUCAAAUUCUCGGGUUGCGGGAACGGUUUACUUACUUGAAUAUCGUAUUCGCCGUUUUGCACGGUCGUCAAAAAUGUGUGUAGGUGCAUUAUUUUAAUUUGUUUACGCCGUAACUCAGUGCAAUGCAUAAUCGAAAAAACCUGCAAUUUUCUCAAAAUAUAAUUUCAUAGUCAAUCUAAAUAAUAUUUUUUUUUCUCUCGUUUAACAGGAAAAUCGACCGGUAUCGUGACCAACACUCGAAUCACACACGCCACACCUUCGGCGUUAUACGCACACUCGCCAAGCCGUUACUGGGAGGACGACGGCAAAGUGCCCAUACCGUCGAGGAAAUCCUGCAAAGACAUAGCCCGCCAAUUGGUCGAGGACGAUCCGGGUCGACACAUAAACGUGAGUAUCAAAAAGGAAAAAACGAAUUAUUGCUAUAACAUGGUCGAUUUUCUGACAAAACUUUUCUAAUUCUAAGAUCUCAAUGGCUCAGCGGUUCCCAAACUUUAUUGAUUCACGUCUCCCUUAUCCACAAUAAUCCAACACUGAGUUUCCCUGCCAAUGCAUAGUCCAUUGAAAUUAUAGGAAAUUCUAGCAGUGGUAUCGUUGAAAAGUAAGUGAUUGGGGAUUGGGAGGGAAUAUUAAGUGUGUAUAUAUAUGUACGUAAAGCAUAUUAAAAUGAAAAAAAAUAGAGCAUUUAACUUUUAUAAUAAUAUAAAGUAAAUUAAAUCGAACUGUGGAGUUUUUUCAUCUAUACCGUUUCAAAUUAAUAUUAAGUUCUUUUUGCUCCCACAUAAGUUGUCAAAUAAAAUGUUACAUUAAUUUUGUACUGAAGCAAUUUUCUUACAAAAUUUUUGGACGUAACCUCCAAUUUCUAUUAUUAUUUACCAGCAGAUUGUAAUAAUAUGGCAUGAGAUUUUACGAAUUUUUUCUGCAUAAAAGAAACCUAAAAAAUUCAAAAACAUCGUGGUGUCAUAUUUUUAUGGGUUUUUUAAAUUUUAAAUAGAACAUAAAGAUAACUGCGUGCUGCAGACUAUCACGGAUUCGUGUUUUCAAUUGAAUUGUCGAGGAAAUACGGAGGUAGUAAAUUAUUGUAGUAGAAUAAAAAGUAGGGUUAAAGAAAGAGGGGGAUAGGUGAAUGGUGGAAAGGAGAAGAAGAAAAUAGAUAGGAAAGAGUAUAGGGUUAUAAAGGGGUAAUAGGUAUAGGUAUAUUCAUAUUCGUAUGUAUGACGUAUGACGCGAACGCGGGGCGAUAUAUCUAUCGAUAGGAUGAUUGACGGCAGUGUUUCCACAACGCGCAAUCGGUCGGAUAAGACCUUUAAUAGACUCGCGGCGUAAUAUUUUUGACAAAAUUGGUAUAGUGUGUGUGUAAAUAGUUCUAUGUGUGUGUACGCGCGGUCGUUUGGAUUCUAUAGUAAUAAAUGUACGUAUACCUACACUGUGUCGAUAAAAACACGUACCUAUUAUACUUAUUGACUAUGGCUAUUGCCUACCGUAAGAAGUUAUAUUUCUCUUCUGCCUAUUUUACUCUUAUUAAUCUACCACGAAAAUAUACAAAAAUUACACUUGCCUUAUAUUUUCCGCUUGAAGUUCGCAAGAAGCUCAAAAUAUUAGGAGCAGGAUACAAGGAACAUGCGUGUCGAUGAACCGUUGCAACGAAUACAAACGUAUACACCUCGUUAGGUACCCAAUAGACGUGUGCGUACUCUUUUUUGCCUUCAGCUCACAACGCGGCAGCCAGGUGUAUAGACAAUGCAAGUAUUAGCGAAAAUUGUAUUUUCUCCACCGCCUUUUCUAAACGUAUAAACAACCGUCCCGCGGAGGUGAAUGAGUUAGACGUUGACAUUACGACCACGUCCGUUCUACAUUUACAACCGAUUAACGCGAGGCGUAUAGCCGUCUGUUCAAUGGUGUUAGACUCUUUUAAGUGAAAAGUGCACAUGUCAUCAUGUCCAUUUUCAGGCGUAUAGUCAACCGUUUUUCAGGAUGUGUAUAGCCGUCUACGUACCGGAAUAUUAUAUAUGUUAUUUUUUUAGAAAUAAACACAAUCUACGUUAAAACAAUAGUGACAAAAAGCACAAUUACCAGGUAUGUAGGAUAGGGAGAACCAAAUAUAGCAGGUACCUGCAACUACUGUAUAAGUUUGGGAAAAACGGUAUGGUAACAGUGAGUGAGCAAAACAUGUCUGCUCCUGCUGGGCGAACCCAGAGAAGUGACAACUGACUCGAAGACGAUCGGACUGUCAGAAUGGCUUUUUGGUGACGCGUAUGACGUAUUUUUGCCCUCCGCGGUUUCCCACACACACGAUUCCCACUUCGCCACGGUAGGCGCUUUUAUGUGAGCGACGCGCGUAAUUGAUAUUUUGAAUUAAUAUGUGCCGAAUUAAGAUGACAACACUGUUUAAAAGAUGUUUGUGAUGGAACUGGUAACUGUACUGUGUAAUCUAGAUUGUUUAUUUUACAAGUAUUAAAUAUUCAAUAUAUUACGGUAUGAAGGUUAAAAAAAAAUACACUCAGAAUUCAAUUUCCAGAAAUGUGUGAGAUUUGACAAAUGAUUUUAUAUUUAGAAGAAGCGAUCGGUGUUUAAACAUACGAUGAAUACAAGAAAAACAAUCAAAAGUACCUACCUACUCCGCCUAGCGAAAUACAGUACCAGUAUCGAUCGGUCGGAGAUAGGUAUAUUCUAUUACUGUAUUUUGGUUGCCAAGAAUUAUAGAAGAGGAUAAAAAACUAAGUCUUCGAUAAUUUGUUUGUUUUUUAAUCUUAUUUUUAGGAGGCAUUGAAGCCCCACGAAGGGUCAUGCACAUCAACGUCCCUAAAACGGAUUACUAUUAUUUCUUAACAGAAUAAAAAACGAUUUCGUUAAGUAGUACAAUAUGUUAUCCGAGAGUGGAAACUACUCUUCUAUUAUAUUAUAUUAGUCUGUUAGUCUGUUAGAAGAAGAAUAUUUUCGAGCGAAUAAAAUUUGCAGCUAGUGUUCGGAAAGUAUACUUCACGUAUACCGCAAAAAGAGGUCAAAAUUAAAACAUUUUUUUCUUUUCCGAUAACCGUUAAGGUUUUUAUUUGAAAAUACUAUGCGAAACUAUCAAUUAUCUAUAAUAACUAAUUCGCGGCGUGGAAUUUUCGAGAAAAACUUCUGACGAGAGCUCGGUGAAAAUGAUGCGCUAAAUAAUAUUUUCAUUAUAGUUUGAGUACUGCACUCGUGUGCAGACAUGCCAUGGGAAAAUUUUACGGGAGGAAUAUUAUAUUCUUGUGUUCAUAUAAUUCUUUCUUUUUUUUUUUUUUUUUUAAAUUGAUGAAUUAACUAUGAAGUAGUGCUCUGCAUAUGGUCUUUUUACCCUCUUUUUUAAUGGAAUGUACAUCAGUUCGAUCCGGAUUGGUCCGAUUUUCAUUCCUGAAACGUUCGAUCCGGACCAGUACACGCACAAAAUACGUGAAAUGGAAACAGAUUUUGCUAUAAUUAGCGGCGCGUUUAUAAAUAUACGGCAAUUCGGAAAUAACGUAUUUUUCUGACAAUGUUAUUAUUUUUCGACAUAUUUCGAUUACGACAACCCAUACACAAUCUAGAGGAAGUAGAGUGGCUCAAAAUAAUUCCGAAAAAGCCAGAUAGGAAUUAGGCGUGAAGAAUACAUUUUAGUCGGGUGCGAACACAAAGCUUUUAUAAAUGAAUCAAAUAUUAUAAAAUUGUGUCCGAAAAUUUGAUACGCAAAAUAGGUGGAUUAUUAAACCACACACGAAUAGUUCGUAUAAUUCUAAGGGACGUUAUUUGUAAACUUGUAAUUAACAUUUUCCGAAAAUACUUUUGACAAAAUGAAUAUAAUGUAAUAAAAUAUUAUUGAAUAUACACUGAAUACCUAACCUAUACAUUUUUUUUUUUUUUUUUAUUACAGAAAAAAAAAUUGACCGCGGCAUCUAUAGCUAUUAUUAUCUAAUAGCUAUUCGACGUAAAAUUGAAUUUCUGUUAAAAAAAAGUUAUAUGAUUUUAGAGAUAUUAAAUGAAAAAAGAUAAUAAUUAAAACAAAGUUGGCACUGACAUGGCAAGGUAUAUAAUAAGGGGCAGUAUAAAUAUUGUUCAAUAUGUAAAUUGUUUAUUCGUUUAUUUAAUUUAUUCAAAAAUUAGCAGUUGACAUACAUUAUAUACAAACCGUCUUAAAUAUUGUUUCCAUUACUCGAUUAAAAUAUUUUCAUUAAGUUUUAAUAGUUUUUCGAGACAAUCCCGCGUAAUCUAAUUAAGUACUUUAUUUUUAAUUAAAUGUUUAAAUUGAAUAUAAUAUCACCCGUAUAACUACUUACUUUUUUUUUUUUGUAAUUUGUUUCGUGACUGUUUCGACUAAACGACGUAAAUGUUGACACAUUUACUAAACGGCGUAAAUGCGUCAAGUUUCUUACUAGUUUGGGGACUUCUUUAACCGUCGGAAAUCACGGAGAGUUUAAAUCAGAGUUUGCUGUAUUUGAAUUUUCGAUACGGGUAUUCGGCACCAAUAACUAAAGUAGCAUUGCACAGUGUCAUCAAGCUCAUUUUAUUAAAAAAACACGCAAUAAAAUAUUUUGACUAUAAAACUUUAUACGAAAACGAACUAAUGAAUAAAUAUUUAUCAAAAAAAAAAAUGUAAAAUCUCAUUUUUUAAUUUCAUAUUUUAUAACUCACAAUUUGUAUUUACAAUAAAACCAUAAGCAAUUUUGAUAAGAAUAACAUUUGUACAUAGUAUAACAAUUUAGUUUUUUCGUGAUGAGGGAAGCUACCCAUUGACAAAACAUAAUAAUAAUCGUAGAGUAUAAUAAAAACACGUCGUCUACAUUAAGUUUUUAUCUGCAACUAUAAUUAUUAGUUAACUCGUCGCGUAUUUACAGAUCCUAUCCAAGUUCGAUCCAACUUAUACAUUUGAUUAUGCAACCUCCUGGUUUUUCAUAAACUAGGAAACUAGUUUUUAGAUUUACACUUAGAACACUAUUUUCCUCGGUACGUUAUCAGAUGUAAUAGGUAUAGAUUAUAUUUUAUAAAACUCCUAAAACCUCUGAAAAAUCCUAAAAUCAUCUCGGUUAUGUUAUGACCUCGAUCAAUCUAUUAAUCUAUAGUAAUUAUAGUACGAGUAUUGAGUAUCAAAACUAUCCAUAUAUUUAUUAACCUUUAUCGGUGGAUCAAUACUAAUUUACACUAUUUUAGUGGACCGGACCGAGUGAUACGGUACAGUACUGUUGUUUGACGGAAGGCACCGUCUGUCGACGACUCUUCAGUGAUGCUAGAAAAGUAAAGGUUUUAAGAAAUAAAUCAAAAAUCAAUAAAGAUAGAAAUAUUGGUUUAUUACCAAGACUGUCUCACAAGCCAGUGGAUUGAACAUACAAGAGAACGAUUCCAACGAUCGUUCGGUCGUUCGUGAGAAACUAAACUAAAUCCGUAUAAUAAGUCUAGUCAAGUCCAGUCAAGUCUAACUCUAUAUAGGUAUCUACGUCCAGACAUAUACACCCGAACCGAAGGCGAGGGCCCGCGAAAAUAAAGUGGUGAACCCGAGCGUAGAACUAGCGUUUCGCAAUCCAAAAGUGAUUACUUCUCGGUCUUGGUAGUUUUAUUACCCUUUGCGAGAACGACUACGCAGUGGUACUCGGAAAUGGAUUUAAGCUGUUUGAAAUCUGCUUUUACGAAUACAUAACUAAAUACUGCGUAUGGCAUGCCUUGACAAAUAAAAAUAAAUAGUUUCGAACGAUUUAAAUACACAGGCGUCCCCGACGAGGGGACCAAGAUAGUCCAAACAAAGUAAUAGUAAGAAACUGUGUAGAAUAGUGUGAAUAAUAUUAUUCGAUAAUAAACUAAUGACACAACGUACCUGUAAAAUGAUAAUAUAGACAACCGUUUUAUCAAUACAUUCGAGGGUUGAUACUAUUGAAACGCCCGAUUAAUCGGCAGUAACGAUACAAUGAAUACGAUCUCGCAAACCUAAUAAUCACCGUAUUAUAAGUGUGUAAUAUUUCCAUUGGUAAUAUUAUUUCCGGCUAUAGUUAACCGAGCACAAUUAUUAUUACGGUGUCGGUAUACGCGUUCGAAAUCCCCGGCAUCGUCGGAUAAGGUGAUAAUUAUUGCGCUAAAGAGGUUUUACGAUCUGAUAUAAACCCCGGGGACGUAAAACGGCGGUUAAGAAUAUUAUCAUUAUUAUAUAGGUAGUAUAACUAUAAAACCGACCGAUUGCGAGGGAUUUCAGACAAUGGAACGGUUUUUUAUUAAGACCGUUAUGGUUUUUUUCUCGCGUCUCGUUUUUUUUUUUUUGUACAUAUAAUUACUGUAUAUAUAUAUAAAAUUUCAGUAUUAUUACGCCCAAAGAGGAGAAUAUAGCGUCUCGUAUAUUUCAUUAAAAUUAUACUACGCCGCUCGAAAACCGCCGAAAAAACUCCGGAAUAUCGGUUUCUGUUAUAUUCGAUAUUGUUUUUUUUUUUUUUUUUGUACGUGCGUAUAAUUCGGUUCAAAAUAAUUUCGGAGAUCUAAAAUUGGUACAAAAUACUCGCAUGAGUCAUUUUCAAACAAGAUACAGUAUUGACAAUAUUCUAGAAAUUUCUAAGCUAUUUAGAUUCAUUUAAAAUUUUCGAUUAGGUAGAUCAAAUAGUUUUAGCCGAACAGAAAGACUCGAAAAUUUAACACGAGGUUUAUGUUAAAUUGUGUUUAGUGGUAGGUACGAAAAAAAAAUCUAAGCUUAAUGUAAAAGUUUUUUUUAAAGUUCAAAUAAGUAAGUUCAAAUUUCGACGAAAACUUUUUCAAACAUUUCAAAUCAUGUGUUGAACCGGACUUCAAUUUCUUUUUUUUUUGUCACUGUUCUGAUAUUAUCUUAUAUACUUGAGACGACGAACGGUAAUAAAACAAUAUUACUUCGUCUGCACGGAGUUUGUCGCCAUAAACUUUGAGUAUCAUAAUUUCCCAACAUUUUAAAUGUAUAAUUUAUCUUUUCUAAGACGAAAUUUGUAUUUUAUAAGGAAAAAUGUUUUAUAUUAAACGAUAUUGCAAAUGCAUGAUUUACUUGUUAAUAAUAUUAUACGUAUACGGACGAAAAGAAGAAUAUAAUAUUUUAUGUAUGUCGGUGUUUUCGUGGCCGAAUGAAACCAAAAUUGUUUAUUAUUACGAGUAUAGCCAAAUCUAUAUUUAUAAGAUAUUACAUUUAUGGCUUCAAACGUUUUUGGUUCGAUUCUAAAAUGUGGCCUUUUUCUCUCCCAUACCCCCCGCCACGACAUGUUUUAUUUUUUUGAUAAAUUCAAAAUAGCAUCGAAUGCCAGCUGACCGUAAAAAAUUGUACGUAUAUAGUAUUAUACGAAACAAAAAUAAGUUAACGUACAGAAUAAAACUUCCGGAUCAAUUUGCUUGCCGGCAAAUAAAGCCGAGUACACGAACCAAAUAAAUAAUUUAUAAUGUACCAAGAUAAGAUGUAAUACUGUUAUACAUAAUGUAGGUAUGCGUUAUUAUUUAUUUCUAACCGAUAUCGUACCAGAAUAUUAUUGUAACGGUAUAAAAGCGAAAAACGUAAACAAUUUUCCGGUAUUCGAUAUUAUUUUAUUACUUUUGAGAAAAAAUAAACACGUAAUUAUGAUGAAAUCCGAAAUAGAUAAUAUUGCACUGUAAUAGAAAAAAAAAAAAAAAUCAAAAGUCAAAAAAAAUGAAGUAAGGGGGAAAGGGUAGAAUAAUAUGGUGUGGAGGAUGAGAAACAAAUAGUCAAAUAUAAUAGAUACCUAUAAAUAUAUAGGUGUGAAAAUGAUAUUAUUACUGCGUAGUACGUAUAAUACGGAUGCACGGCGGUUUUUCCGUCGAUGAAUAUGUGUGUAUCGUUCUGUGUGUGUGUGUGUUUAUUACGAGAUCGUGACAUUCACAUGUAUAUAUAUAUGCUAACAUAAAAACGUGUUAUAUUCAAUAUUGACCGGCAGCUACCUACCGUACGAGGUUUUUUUCUCCAUUCAUUUAUUUGCCACUACCUAGUUUUUUUACUCAAUGUUCUACUACGGAAGUAUGGAAAUAAUCGCUUACUCCGGUACACUGCUUGAAGUUCGCGAAAAGUCGUGGCUCAAAAUGCAAGAAACGGGUACUAGGAUGCGUAGGUUUCGAUGAAUUGUUACAAUAAACACAAGUAAGUUUUCUAAUUGUAUUGUCACCAGGUCUACUGUGUCAGUAGAUAUUUAUAUGGCUACACUCAGACGUCGGGUCGCUAAUAAGUGACGACUUGCGGGAGAAUCAUCCGUUCAGCGUAACGAAUCGCUGGCCGACGUAUUGUUGUGUAGCCAUUAUGCUUAAAAGUUCUUACUACAUGACAAAAUGUACAGACAGUCGUUUAUCUCGAGUGACGACCACCGACCUCGUAUGUUCGGCCUAUGCGCAAGAAAUCCAAGCGCAAUAUAUUGUGUAUAUGUUUAUGACACGCUAUGGGAGAAAAAAUAAUAGACACGUUUAAAUGUAUGACAGAAAACAAGGUGACAAUAAGUACAACUACCAGGUUCGAGGAGAUGCGGAUUGACCAAAUACAGCGGCCCGCCUGUGGUAUCUGCGACUGCCGUAUAAGUUUGGAAAGAUGUUGGAUAGCAAGGAUUUCCGAUGAGCCAAAAAAAAAAAAAAGAGUGCUUCCGCUGGGCGAACCAAGAGAAGUGAAGAUUCGAUGGAAAAGAUUUAUGCGUCUCGAGUCUCCGUGCCUUCCGUGGUCCCCUAACUGGCGGCUUCCAUACUAUCGCCGCAGCGGGGCGCAUGGCGCACGGGGCGCCAGUGUGUGGACAACGCGCGUAAUUAAUUGUGAAAUAAUUUAUGGCGUACUUAUGUUGCAACACUGAUAUUUUUGGUGAUGGAGCUGAUAAUUUUACCUACUACGUCACUUUGCUUGUUUAUUUUACAAAUAUUCAAUAUUUAACGUAUUACAGUAUAUUGAAUCGAAUUAUUCUUGGCAUAAAAUUCAGUUUUCCUGGAAAAAUUAAAUACCAUAACAAUUUAUAACAAUAUCGUAAUGUUUGUUUUAAAUUUAAAUUGAAACUUACACAAAAAUUCGAAACGUUUAACAAAGUUACUACAAUUUAUCCGAAUCGCGCGAUGUCUAUAAUAAUGAUAAUAAUGAUAAUAUUAUUAAUAAUAAUAAUAAUAAUAAUAAUAUAAUAACAAUAAUAAUAAUAAUGGUAUUACGCUUUAUUAUAUUAUUUUUACAACAUCCGAGUUCAAAUAAGGAUUUAUGCACCCCGAAAAAGAAAAAUAAUAAUAAUAACAAGAAAGAAAAAAAAAAAGGUUCGUUUUUUUUAUCAUACCAAACCCUAUUUAACCGGUAUGAUUACCGUCUUAACCGAGAGAAGAAUCAUGAGUUACAAUUCGCCAUUAUUAAUAUCCACUAUACGCUGCACCGUCGGCGGUGCACAAAAAUAAUGAAAACGGAUAAGAGCGUCGUCAGAGGAUCUUUUAGAGCGCGUCUUGUUAUAGUAUAAUACUCUGAAUAUGGAAGAGGGGGGGGGGGGGGGAAAGUGAAAUAUAAUAAAAAAAAAAAAAAGGAAAAAGUAAGACAUUUACAAACAUUAACCCACUUCUGCCGCCGCCGCCGCCUCCUCGAGGAAUUACGACGAGACUCGACAUUUCGAUAUCAAGUCGUUGGUCACACUGCGUUAUGGUAAUUACAUAAUAUGUCUGUAUUAUUUUUCAAGUUCGAGUCGCGUUUACACGUAAAAUCCGGAAAUUUAUAUUGUCGUAAUAAUAUUACCGAUGUGCCAACGGACGUACUAUUACACUGAACGCCAACAUCACUUUUCGGCCUUUAGGCUUUUGUAAUACGUCAUUUGUUUCUAUUUGUUCGACAUCUUUCGGACCGUGUUUGGACUCCCUACGUCUGUUUCACCGGGGCUUUCAAACAUCAACGUUAUGCUGUAUGAAAAAAAAAAACAAGUAAUGAAUGUAGUUCCAAGUCAAAUUCAUGUAACGUUUGAACUCUCCGACGCCCAUGCCUUUAUCUUGUAUUAAUUUUGUUCCUGAAAUCGCAUUUUCUUAUUGUCAUACGCAAUUAUUUAUAUUGUAAGUAUAUUUUUAUACGUUUUUAUAACAACACACUAAACAAUUUUGAAUUCUGAAUAAUUGAUUUUUUUUAUUUUCGUUUAUUUUCAAUACCAAACGGUUACUUGGUCUCAUUUAAAGGAACUCGUGUGGAGGCCCAUGGUUAUCCAUUAUAUCGAUCAUUACAAUAAUUCUUAUAACUCAAUACUACAAGAAAUAUAUAACUAUAGACACAUGGUUAAAAUACUACUUAACAUUAAUUAUAACUACUGAUAUUUAGAACAUAGAAUUUGUUUUAAGUUUUAGACGCAUUAUACUCGUAUUGGAGCCCACGAGAACAGCCAAAUGCAUUUAAAUGGUAAAAUUGUAUUUGAUUAUAACAAUUUGAUUACGGUAUAAAACAAUUAUUAGCAUAACAAAUAUUUUACAUAGCAUAUGAUACAAAUUCGCUAUCAAAUAUAAUUGACAUUAUUAUAUAAUGAGAAAUACUUCCUUUUUUAAAAAUUCUCAAAUAUUCCCCAGUUUUGACAUCGCUUCACGUAUAUACCGUAAUCUUAAACGGUGUUGUCAGCUUUUAGGCGAACAGCACUUCGAAAUUCAUAAUUUGAUUCUAUUUUCAUGAUUCGAGGAUAUAAUUUAAUUUGAUUUAAACCAACUCAUUAAAUCAGUGAUUCGGUUAUAACGGGCUUAGAAAAUCUAAAUAAAUUCUGAAAUAUUUCAUACAAAAAAUUCACAUAAUAAAUGUUGAUGAUAUUAGAAAAUCCAAAAUCCAGAAGGGUCCCUCCUUCUACACCCACCGGACAUUGUAAUACACAUGACGUGCCUACAUUAUUUUAAUAUAAUUGUUUUUCCCGCUAAAACUUGUGGUUUUUUUUUUUCUUUAGUAAAAUAUAAAAUACCUACUCUAAAUCAACCCCGAUAAACUACCUGUAGAAUAUUAUUGAUUAAUCGAUUUACGGUUUUACGCGUUUUGUAAAUUUUCUUAAAAAAUCAGUGUCGACCCUGGCACACACCGAAUGACUCUAGAACAUUUUCUCCAAUGGGACACGAAAUCAAAUGAAAAAAAAAAAGACGACAAAACAAUUAAUCAAAUUACAAACUAUAUUCAUUAUAAUAUAAUCAAUCAAUUUUCAACAUAAUAUAGUAUAAUAUUCUCAAACGCGAGAGCGAAUGGUUGUUAAAAAUUUUAAAUACACACAUUUCAGUUUUCAGUACUUUUUGCGUAUAUGUGCACACAUAUACGAGAAAGAGGUGGCCAGACGUAGUAGAAGAGGAUCUUAAAUCUCUGAGAGCGCAAGAACAGAAAGAAAUCUACAGGAAAUUGUUAAAGUUCGUGAGAGAUGGUUCUUAUGUAAUUCUCGUGUAAUGUAGGUGCCGAUUAUAUAUUAUAUUGAUAAAUAACAGUGAUGUUGACAAUCAAAUACACAUGCACAAAAGACAGUCAGUAUAGUUGAGUGACGGUAUUUUAUAGAUCUCGGGGCCAUAACCAGGCGGACACGGUACAAAGCCAUACAUCCAUAUAGGCACAGCUACCUAAUAGCUACAUAAUGGAUACGUGGUUUUAAAUAAUUGUAAUUUUUACUAUAAAAUCAAAAAAAAAAAAAAAUAUAACACGGCGUUUUAUGUUCUUGUAUUUUUAAUAGAAAUCCAUAAAACGUCACCUGCAGAUUCGAAUAAUCAGUUUAAGUAUUCGAUUAUUAUUAUUUUUUAUUCGAUUGCAGUAACAGAAUUCGAAUUAAACCGAUAUUAUAGAAAUCUUUAAAGAUUUAAAAGAUUUCGUUUUCUUAUAUCGAACAAAAGGUGCCGAAAAUACAUUUCGACUUUGAAAUCGAACGUUUUUAUUUUAUCAACUAUUUUAAAUAAAUAAACUAUGUAUGCAAAUAAGCCGAGUAUAUUCUUAAGUCUUAUUGUAUGUAUAGUAUUAUUAUUUAAAAUGUAAAUUUUAUACGGUUUUGUAGUGUAAUUAACCGAAUGUUUAUCUGAAAGAAUACUUUAUUAGUAUAACAAUUAAAUGGUAGAGCGAAAUUCACCGUAGUAUACUAAACUCAUGUCUAUUUAAUUUGUUUCAGACCGCAUGAAAAAUACCACUAUUUUCGAAUAAUCGCAACUAAAAUUAGAGAUAUUAACCGAUUUGUAUUAUCAUAAAUUUAUUGUACUAGAUACUCGGUUUUACAUAAUGUUAUACUUGCAAUUUUACAAUCGGAACAAUUUUAUUAACAUAACAACAAUAUAAUAUGAUAUAUUCAAUAGUGGUCACGCGGAGUCGUGGCAAGGAGGGCAAGGGUACAGUCCAUACUAAUUAAGAGCGUACAUUUUUAUAUACUGAUUAUUACUUACUACUUACGAAAUUUCUACGCUGAACGGAAAUGUCAUCUAGUCGGUACUUUAAGGAUGUAAUUAGUUGAUUUUCAUAAUAAUUGAGAAAAACCGGGGAAAACGGAAAAAUUUACGAAAAUAAUACUUUUAUUAUUUCCAAUUUUUUUGUUUUUUCUAAAGAAUUUUUAUAUCGAAUUUUGAUAACAAUUUUAAAUACCGAACUUCCCGAACUUAAACCCGAACUUCAAUCAAAAUCGUUUUUCGUUAGCGAUGAUUAAUCUCAUCAUACAGACAUACAUUCAAUUUUCUUCUAUACCUUACCUUUUCCACUGCUCCCCUAAUGUGUUUCAGCAUACUGUUACGAACGACCGGAAGGGGGGGGGAAUUUAACCGAUCCGAAACUGUGAGAGGCCUUUUUUGUUUUUUUCAUUACACGAAUAUAUUGCCUACAAUAAUAAUUACCGUGUAAAAUUCCAAGGUUUUGUAAAGUAUGCGUUUGUUUAUAUACAUAUAAUAACAUAUGUGCGCACAUUCGUGAGGAAUUUAUUUAACUAUGCAGGUGCUCGUUUCUAAAAUAAUUGUAUAGUCGGUAAGGGUGGUGGGCAUACGACUCGAGUCGACCGGGUCAGUGCGGCCGACGUUUCAUUCCGGUAUACCUACGUAAUUUCGACUCUCCCGUUUAUUCCGGCAACGGAAAACUGUAGAACUUACGCCCUGCGACAGUAUACAAAUUCAAAAUAUGUAAUUAAAUCCCGUAAGUAUAUUGAUUUACCCCGUGGUAGUUUUACGACGACGACCGGGAAAUAAAUAUUAUACCUGCACAGCGAAUAGUAGUAAACAUCGAUCGUCAUCGUUCGCGAAUCUCUCUUUUGAGAUCUAAUAUUUGAUUUGGGUAGCACCGUUCGUACUGUUCGUUGUUAAACAGUAAUAAUUGCUUUCUAACACGAUUCGGCGACGGUGACUUUGUAAUUUAUUACAACGACGAAUGGUCGACAUUUCGUCCGGCGUUUUAACAUAAUCUAACAUUUUUAGGGUUUUGGUAUUUUUUUUUUAUUUUUAUUGGUCGCGUUUGCUGUUUCAUCGCCUCUAGGCAAGUAAUUAUUUUUGUUAAACAAUCUUAAAUAAAAUAAAUAUUGGCCAAGUGAAAUUUUUAAUUUGGAUUAAUUUCAUAUUAUAAAAAGAUGAAAGAUCACAGAUGUCCGAUUAUUCAAAUUUCUUCUCGAUAUUUCCAUCAAGAUUCCGAAAUCGGUACACUACAAUUUCAUGAUCACGGGAAAUCAAUGAAGGGUUUUGGGAAAAAACGAUCAUAGAAAAUGUAAAUAAUCGUAAAAGUAAAGACAGUUACACCGUUCCGGAGUUUGUUCUUGAACGAAAUGAUGCGUAAUUGAGUUAGAGAAAAAUGAUCACGGUCCGUGCUACAAUAGGAUUUUAGAAAUACCUAUUACAACAAAAAAACUUGUUCGGUCAAUGUUCAAGCAAAAUAAAAAAAAGGAAAACAAGUUAACAAUGAUCUACUGGGUGAUUCAAAAUGUGUGUUACAGCCAUUUUGUGAUGUAAAUAUUCACAAUAAAGAAAAACGUAUACAAAAACAUGUUAGUUUAAACAAUUUGAACACCAACAUUUAUUUAAACUAAUAAACUAUUAAUGGACUUUUGAUAACAGAUUUCCAUAUUAAUUUCAAAAUUAACCCCAAAAUUUCCCCUAAAGAUUGUAAAAAAAAAAUAUUUACAUAAUAUUAUUUUAUAUAUUUAUAAAAAAAAAAAAAUUUUGUGUUACUCAUUUUUCUCUAUUUUGAAUAUUUACGUGAUAAAAUGGCGGUAAUAUACAUUUUGAAUUACUCUGUAUAUACUAGUCUAAUAUCACUGAUGAUCGUUUUUGCCCGCAUUCCUACAAAUGUUGAUUUCACGGGAAAUGGGGAGCAUCACUAUAACGUAUUAGUUAUCAUUGGGGAACGGACAUUGAAGACAUUAGGUUUUUAAGACAUUAGCUACAAAUAGCACUUUUCUGAAAGGAACUUUGACUGGGGAGGUACUUCAGGAAGUUAUUUUAGUUUUUUUAGCAGUCUUCUGAAUAUAUUUGAAAAAUCGGGAAAAUAUGGAGGAAAAACAGAAGAACAAGAAAAUAAGUACAGUAUUAAAUAAAUAUUAUUGAAGAAAAUGUUUAAUGCAUAUAUAAUUAUAUUACUAUAAUGUAUCAUAAAUAUUGUUGACAAAGCAACACUAUCAACUGAACUUCGCUCAGAAUCGUUUUUUCAUUAGCAAUGGUUUGUCGUUACUUAUAGAUAUACAUUAAAUUCCUGUCUGCAACUUCCCAACUCCCCCCCUACAACAGUGGCUGCACCCACGUGCGAAAUAAGUCCGUCUUAUUUUUUUUGAACACUAACCAUUAUGGUUAGAAAAAUAUUCCAUUUUUUAAUGAAAUAUAUCAAAUUAUGCGGAAUUUUAAUGUCCGGUGUUAAUUUAUUUGGAACAUGUUAUGGCGUUUCGAAAUGUUCAGUUCAAUCCUAACAUCUUAAAUUUUGGCUUUUUGAUUUUUAUUGAUUUCUGAGUACCUUUAAUGAUAAGGGAAAUUAAAAUGGCUAAUAUAAUCCACUCAGAAUCAUUUUUAGUAUGCAAUCAUUUAUCGCAUAUCUUACAUGUUCUGCAGCCGCCCACCUGCAACAGUGGCUCACUUAUUAAUGGUAUCAACAUUUUGAAGUUAAAAUUAUUUUUACUAGGUUUAUAUAUAUAUUCUCUAGUGUUUUAUGAAAAAUAAAUUAUCGAAGCGAUUCGGGGGUAUGUACGGAAAAUUAAGAGAACCGAAAUCUGAAUAUUCAUAUUUAUGAAUAUUGUCACGGCCUCCAUCCCAGAAUGUGUACGGUACCGUAACAAGGUAAAAAUACAAAAACCAAAAGCAGCACCGAAACUCGCCUGUGCUUUGAGUGGAAAAUAAUAACCUCAUACUGAAUUUGCAACGGAUUUUCGACUGUGCCGCGUGCGCUAUAAUCAGAUAAGAAUACGACGAAGUCAUCGCGGAGAAACGAAUCGGGAAAACUGGAUAUUCUCAAUGGAUAAAAUGAAAAGACGCUAUAGAAAAAUGUAUUACGGACACUAGCUGUGUAUCGGUUCAUGAGCAAAAAUGUAACGCCCGAGUUGGCAUUUAAUAUAGAAAAUAAUGGAAAGGCUUACGCUAUACAAUAUUUACGAGGUGUAGGUUCUAAACAAGUCAUUGAGCUGUUGAAGAAGGCGAUAUUAUAUGUACAAGAUAAAAUGUAUUUUGAUUUAUUUAGUUUUCCACGGAAAUUUAGCGGUAUAUAAAAGAUAGAUAGUAAAAAUAGAUAACUCGGUGGCGCGGCGCCGAUAUAAUAAAACCUGCAAAAGUUAAAAGUUCGAAACGAAAAAGGGGAAAAAAUCGAAAAUAAAAUAUACCGCAUAUGUUCGUGUCCGAGAAAAUGUUAAUAGCGUCAAAAAACUUCAAGAAAUAAAAGCGGUACAUAAAAUUGUGUCGUGCCGGGCGUAGGCCACUGUUUUAUACGUUGGAAUUUUGGCAGGUAUAGGAAAUAGAGCGAGUUAUUCAGUUUAUGCACUGAAAGUAAGGAUUAACCCAUCGCAAUUAAAAAAGGAUUUCAGUAUUGGUAUUGUCCUUUGUUGCCAAGGAAACCCAGAAAUCGACAAAACUAAACCGAUGUACCACCAUAUUUGUUAUCAGUUUAUUUGGUUAAAUUUCAUUUUCGAGAAUAAUUGUUUGACGUCUAGACACUUGAUUUCAAUGUAAAGUGCCAUCGCCACUUCGGUCAGAAAAUCUGCAUCUUUUAGAUUAUGGAGCAUUUAUAAUAUAUUUCCCUAAAAAAAAGUGUUUUUUUUGCGAACAUAACACUAUGAGUCUUUGUAAAACUUCCCUUCUUCGUUCACUUAGAUUCUAAAAACCUUUAGUAUUUUUUUUUUGUAUUUCAUCGUGUGUGUCAAUACGCCAUUUAUGAGCGUCGUAGAAUUCUCAACGACACACCAGAGAGUCUUUAUAAUUACUUGAUUACCAUCGAGUUACGGGUUUUACAACUUACACUAUAUGAACGUAUAAUAUACUUAUUAAAAGUACAAUUUUCGAACGCACGCCUAACGUAAAAUAUCGACAAAGUUUCACGCCACAUUGGCGAGUUUAGAAUAACUUCGGUACACUUGUACACUCAUUUAAUGAAACUAUAAAAUUAAUUUAUUUGUAGGUAUUUGUAUAUUUAUAGUAAUCUGAUAGUGGUAUCAUUACAGUCGUCUUGGUGUAGUUUUAGAAAAUCGGUGCAUAUAUUUUCCAAUAUUUGAUAUGCUUACAAUAUUCUGUAAAUAAAUCAGUCGGGAUUUUUGAAAGCGAUUCCCCUCCCCACUCAAUUGCUUUUUUUUCGUAUCGCGUAAACGAUUUUAUUUUUUCUAAAACACUUCCCAAGAAAGUUGUUAGAUAUAGAAUACUAAAAACGUUUUUGAACAGUCUAGUACAAUAUAGAUUAUAUAUAGAUACUCGGUCAAUAUACAAUAAUAUAUAUUAUAUUAUACGUAUAUACUCGAUGUUCUCAAUCCUCUCAAAAAUGUACGAAAAUCAAUAACCGUUGAAUUGGAAAAAAAUAAAUAACCUCUGAAAUGUGUACUUAUCUCAUGACAGUAAAAUCUGUACAAACUCUAAUAUAUUAUUGAAACCAAAACACUCGCGCGAUUGACGUAAACUUUUAAAACAUCGAUUAUUUCGUUGUUGGGCGACUUGUUUGGACACCACCAAAUAAAAUUAUCUUUAUUGUUUAACUAAUUAUAAUUGAAACAAUAUUUGAUGAGACGAUUUUUUUUUUUAUUAUUUUUUUUUUUUUAACGAUUUAAGAAUUAAUACAGAUCAUAUUAGGAACAUAAUUAGGCAGUGAACGGGAGAGAAAGAGCGUUCGGACUCUCCUGGUCUACUAUUGAUAAUUUCUAAUUUCUGAUCAUUGAUACGUGUAUAUACACGUACAUAUUAUAACGGGAAUCUAUGAACAAAUGAAUAAUAAUAAAACCGACAAAUAAAAAAGAAAACACAUACCUCAUAGGUGGGUGGGCCGUUGUUGUUAAUGAUAAGUUGGGAAGGUAUAGGGGAAAUUCAAUUUAGAUCUGUACGUAACGGCUAAUCAUCGCUAACGAAAAAAGAUUCUGAACGGAGUUUGGUUAAUAGUGUUGCUUUGUCAACAAUAUAUGUCACAUUAUGCCAAAAAAUUAUAUUUAUGCAUUUUAUGAUAUUUUUCAUUAUCUUUAAUAAUAUUUAUUUAAUCUUGAAUCUAUUUUUUCGUUUUUUUCCCGAUUUUUACCAUGUUUUUCCCAUUUAUUGAGAAAACUCCCGGAAAAAUUAAAAAAUGACCAUUAUCCCUAAAGUACCAUUCCAGGAAAAUUCUAUUUCAGGAAAGGUGCUUUUCUUGAUAUCUUUGAGCAAAAUUUCUGGUAGAAUUUUUGUACAGAUUAUAAAAAAAUACAAACAUCUUUGUAAAACCAAUACAUUCGUUGCUAUACUCAGAAUCUAAAAUAAGCAUCAUUGUAAACUCAAUAUAUUCCUCGCUACGCUCCUGAUCUAAAAUUACAUGAGUCAGAAUUACGUAAAUAAAUUUAAACCCUUCGACCAUGGAACUAAAGAUGUAAUAAAGUAAUAUUAUUAUUUUAAAUGGAAUAAAUAAAAGAACCCCUUCCCCAAAUGUAAAAUUUUGCAUUCUUAAACUCGUACUCAAACAAUUUUGAGUGAGAGGGGGGGGGGGGGGUAGGUGCAUAAUCCUCCGACUUUUUACUUUUAUUAUUUUGAUAAGAAAAUUAUUGUUAUCAAUUUCAUUGCACAAUGUCAACAUCUGUUAUAGUAGCGAUAAUAUUCUUCCAAAAAUAAGGUAGGUGGAAAAUAUAAUUUUAAUACUUUUGUUAUUUUACGUAAGACACACGCGUCCGAGUAUAAAAGUAAAAAAAAAAAAAAACGGUUUUUGAAGAAAAAUAAUUUGUAAAACGUAUUAUUUUUGUUCGGUUUCAACGGAAAUGUCAACCGUUAAAAAUAAUAAUAUCCAAAAUUUGAACUAAUAUUAUAUGCGCCUUAAAUGAACGAUUUCCCUUUCGUUAUUUUCAUAGUAUUUUAUCGAUUUUUAUUUGUCGAGCUCGUUAUUUUUGAAUUUUCACCGAAGUGCAAUGUAUUUUAAAACUUUUCCAUUUUUGCCAAUUAAAAUAUGACAGAAACGUUUUAAGAAAUUUUAUUUUUACACAUUUUAUAUUUUCAAUAACUAUUGAAUGGUACUCUGUAACUAUUGAUUUUGUUUUUUUAUUCCAUACUAUAAAAUAUUUUUCUGAAAGUAUCGUUAUAUGGAGUCCCGGAAACAUUAGUUUUGACAAAUACAAAAACAUUUGUAUGUAUUUACUGUAUUUUAUAAUUCACAUUGACGACGGUGGCCUACAUAAAUAAUAAAUAAUUUCUUUAAGUUCUUCUGUAAAUAAUAUUAGCGUAUCGAUGCAGGAACGGAUAUAUUUUUUUUUCUAUCGCAAAUCUAUUUAUAGCAAAUAAAAAAAAGACUUAUUCAAAAACCGUAUACUAUUCUUAUUAUUAUAUACAAGGAGAACGUUACAGAAUAUAUAUUUUGUUGUUUCUGUCUUACAAAACGAAUGACAUGACAAAUUUACAUUCAGUAGAAUCAAUUUCCUGCAUUUAAUAUGGUAAUGUUGGAGUGAUUUGACAUAUUACCAAACUCGAAGGUUAAACAUUAUCUAUGAUCAGUAUGUCGAUUUUUCCCGAUGUUUAAAUUUUUUAACGAGAUAUAAACAUUUUUAAGUUAUGAAAUAUUCACACACUCAUACAAUAUCGUCCCAUUUAAAAAUUAAAACAACGAUACAAAAAUCCAACCAACGUAUAAACGCAAUUAUAAACGGUCAUUCUUUAUUAAGUUUGAUACCUAGCACAUUCAUUAUAUUUAGUAUUGAGACUAAUAGCUCGAAAUCAACGGCCUAGCGCGAAUCUGCUGCGUUGUAAAACAACAAAUGCACGCGUCCUCUUGAUAAUAUUUUUUAGAAAAACAAUACCGACAAUAUCCUCGUGGCUCAGUAAUAAUAUUAUUUCCUAUAAUAACGUUCGGCCAGCCAGUUGAAAUAAUAUACUGGUGGUGCGUAUGCAACACACGUACCGGUCCAUUAUUUCCUGCCGCUGUGGAAAUUUAAGUUUAGAUCAAAAUGAAAUACCUAUACAGGUGUAUAAGUUCUCCGUGAAACCCGAGACGAUGCGUUUUCCCGUUUCGGGUGUUUCGGCGGACUUUCGCCGCGGCUCAAAUGGGCAAUAUCGCGCGCGAGUUUUAAUUAUUUUUUUGUUCGUGUAUAAAAGAAUCGAUUUUCCGAGUAUAGCUGUACAUCAUUAUCGGCCGAGGCUCUAUUACAUAUAUAUAUAUAUAUAUAUGAACUGUCAAAUCGCAAAGUCGAAUUAAAAACGUGACCAGUCUAAUCGAUCCGUAUAUAUCAAUAGUUAAAGGUAAGUACAACAAACAAUAUAGACGAAACUCUUCGACUCAUCCCGAGCUUUAUACCCUUUCACCUUCCAGCUCCUCUUUAUAUAGAGAUUUCAUGCACACGUCGUCGCGUCCAGUCCCGCGCGAACCCCAUCGCCGGAAUCGAUCCGAUUGCUUUAUUCCAUUAUUUGUGACGCCAUUAUAUUAUUACCUGUAUGUAAUAGACAGAUAAUAUAUAUAUAUAUAUAUAUAUAUAUGAGUGUAUUUAUACAUACCCAGGUAUACCUCGUUAGUCCCGAAAGGGCGCAACUGAUCCGUAAUGUACAGAGGCGCGCAUAAAAAAAAAAAAAAAAAGAAAAAAAAGUGGUGUACGCAAUACUAUACGCGUAGGAGGCAGGGACGUGCGUGAAAUUUUCCCCCCGAAACCCGUGUAAAAAAUUAAAAUAAAUCCCAUCAUAAACUUCUAUAAUUUCAGUUUACCGUCGCCGCCGCCACGGGCGCCAGCGUAUGCACGCCGGCAAUUUAAUUUAUAACUGCGAACGACUACCUAUAACUACAACAUACCUAUAGACAAUAGACGACGCUUGUGAUUUCUCAUUUCGAUUGUGUAUGGGCACCCCCGUAUAUCCGCCGAACAAUGCUUCGCUUUUAAUAUUAAUAAUAAUAAUAAUAAUAAUAAUAUAAUAUACUCGCGUGUGAAUGUGUGAUUCGUAUACCCACGUUCCGAAAUUAAUAUAUAGUAUAAACGUGUAUAAACAAUACGGUGGGAUUCUGUAGUUCACAGAAGCGCAUAAAUGCUUAUAUACGAUGCACGGAUUGAGGUGUUCUGUUCGAGACGAAAAAUUUAACGAGAUUAAUAAUUAGGCGAAAUGACAUCCAAAACCGAAGGACCGAAAUAUUAUAUCUCGCACAACAAAAAAAAAACGAACAAACACUGCUGACGGGUAUGUCGCUGUUAGAAGUUGUUUGAUCCAUCCCCUUAUUUGCCACCUCGCUGCUUGCAAAGCAACAAUGACAUUGACAAAUAUUGUCAGUUUUAUGACCUAUGGAGCAAGAUUUUCGGUAGGAAACAAGAAUCAAGCACAUUUAAAAUAAAGAAUCCGUGACGCCGUAAAUGUUUGUCGGUUUUUCUUGAACGGUUUUAAACUUAACAUACUUUUAUAAAAAUUACUACAUUAUGCUCGAUUUUACCUCUUCAAUGCACCAAAUAGACAAAUAAAUUGUAUACUUAAAUAUCGGAACAAUAUUUCUGGUUGAAAGAAUAAAUCACAUAAAUCGCCUUAUAUAUUGUAUGUACAUAAAAAAAAAAGAGCUGAGCUGAUACUGGGGACGGGUGUGCCACUGUUGUUCGCGGGAAGUUGGGAAGGUACGAUACAUACAUUUAUUUAAUUUAUAUAUGUAAGUAGCAAUAAAUCAUUUCUAACGUAAAACGAUUCGGAUAUUUACGAUUUUCUUCAAGACUCUAUAUUAAAACCCUUUUGAAAAAAUAAUUAUUUUAUUACACUAAUUUUUUCCUUUUUUUUUGACCGAGAAGUAAGACUUAUAAUGAACCCCCUGUUAAUUUUUUAAGCAUUUAUGAUUUAUGAUUAUACGCUAACAAUUGUAUUCACAGAGUAGGUACCACCAAAUAAAAAACUUGCAAAAUUAAAAUACAUAUAAAUAUCUAAAAAAUGGCUCAAAUUUUUAGAAAAGACAUGUAUAAGUUUUCUGUAAAAAUUAGUCUCUAUGUAUAAUUUUAACUAGAUUACAACGAAAAAAUAAUAAAAGUAUUAUUUUCGUAAAUUGUCCAGUUCUUCUUUUUUCGGUUUUUCUCAAUUAUUUAAAAGUUACAGAGAAAAAAAAAAAAAAACGAAUUUCUUAUUCUCCGACUAGAUAAAAAAUUCAACGAAAAGGGUAUCAUGUCGUUUUUCUGUUGGAGCUAUACUUCCGGUAGAAAUCAUAAGCCGUAAAAUAAAGGAAUUCUAACGCCGCAGCGCUCCGUAAAUAUUUACCGUUUACCUAUAAUUACGUUUCCAGAUAAUUUCCAAUUAUUUUCAAAAUUUCUUGGAAUAUCAAAAAUUAAUCUGUCCAAUACACCAAUUAAAUUCAAUUUCUUUUAACAAAAAGUGCUACACUUGAUAAAUCGGUGCAAGUUUUCUUUUCGAAAAGUUGUUUACAGACAGGAAAAAAAAUAAAGCACACACAUUAUAGUAAAACCAAUAAAACCCUCGGUACGUUCCGAAUCUAAAAAUAAAAGUUAAAAACUAAAAAAUUUCAAAUAUAUAAUAAUGUCGAAAAAUGCAAGAAUAUUUUGAAAAAUUGUACCACGUCUGGAAUAAAUACUAAUUUGGGUAUGUUUUUGCUGAAAUUAUCAUAAAACUUGAAAUUAACAAAAAUCACGCCGCUGAAAAUGUUCUCGUUUUACGGUUUUACCAUCCUCUUAAGAAAAGUAGAAGAGUUUUAAGCAUAAUUCACUGUGCAAGAUAACCAAUAAUAUCAAACUGUUGUCCUCAAAAAAUAGCAAUACAUAUUUUAAACUCGGAUUUUGAAGUACAAGGCAAAUUAGAAAUAAUAGAAUAGCGGACGGUUUUAAAAUAUAUGAAGGAAGUCUUAUUGAAAAUUAAGACGUAUCAGAGAGGAGGAAAAAACGAGACGAGAAAAGAACAGACGAAUGCGAAACGUGUUUGAAUUAACAGAUACAAUUUUGAUUUUUUCUUUCUUUUUAUGAAACGGGGCGCUGCAAUAAAACUAUAUAACUAGUAGAGCUGUUGAGAAUUCAUAAUUAGUGCCAAACGGAAAGUAAUAAGGAAAUAUUACAAUUAUAAUAAUACAACAGUUGCACGGGCGUUCUAUUAAAAUAAUGACAAAACUGUCGUUUCUAAAAAAAUAUUACGACGUAUAUAAUAUUCUCUGCAGACAUUUUCAAAGUGAAAGAUUGCAUUUCAAAAUAAUUUUAUUCCAUUUUGUAAACACCGAAAUGCAAAUUUAGUAAUUCUCUAGAAAAUUAAUCUCUUAUUGUUCUCAAGCUUAACACAGCUCCGAUGCUGUCAACGCAAAUUAUUCCCGUCUAUCUCUACCAUCUCCAAUACGUGUUCUCCGGGAUUCUUUUUGGAUUCCGUCCGACCAACGCUUUCCGGAUCUCCCCUCAUCAGGCUUUUCACCCGUAUACUUUGAUUCUAUAUAGCUGCUCUGGUUCCGCCGUUCCUUUCCCCGCGGCGUCACAGACAGAAAAACGAUGAUCGAAAAUGAAUAACUUAUAAAUUGAUAUUUUUGUACUCAAUACAGCUUCGUUAUUAUGAAUUUCAAAUAUCGAUACCUAUACCGCCGUCGGCUCGUUCAUUGAUAACAGUAUUAUACAAUAGCCAAUUAGUAAAACCUACGGCAGCAGGCGUUUCGGUAAAUUAUCAAAUUUUAUCGUUAAUUGCUAUAAUAUUAUCACUAUAUAACUUACUAUUUGUAAGUGUCGCAGUGUCGCCGUAAAAAAAAAUACGAUCAUGUUUAAUACUAAUGUUUUAAAAUCUCGUAACAAAUAAGUCACUAAGUCCUUUGAAACGGCGUCAUUUCUGAGAUUCAAUAAGCUAUGCAAAUACAUCCGUCGCAUUUUUUUUUCAAUACACUAAAAUAUGUGGGUAGAUGUAGAUGUUGAUGUUAUAUAACAUUUUUAAUAUAAUACGAUAAUUUUGUUAUUUUUACAAAAAUGUGUAUUUUUGUAGUUUUAUCACAAUAUUUUAGCGAUCAUCACAUAGACAUUAAACUGAUGUUCUAUGAUAUGAAUCUAUGUAGUAUAUCUACGGAUUAACAUUUAGCACCGAUUACGUUAUCGCCCAUUUUAUAUUUUUGUCAAUUAUAAUUUUAUUAAUAUCCGAAAACAUAAACACUGUUUUAGAUAAUAGAAUAAUGACAUUGGUAAAAUAAGUAUGGAGUAGUGAUAUGUUUUAUUUUAUUCUAAAAAAAAAAACUACGCUGCUGAGUGCAAUUUACUUCUAUUGAUGUUAAUAGUAUUACUGGGUAUCUUCAUAGCCUAUUGAAUUAUAUCUAUUUAAAAUAAAUACCUAUACUCGGAUAUACUGACAUCGUUUUUUUAAUUUCAUUACAUAUAUAUAUAUAUAUAUCAAUAUAUUUUAAUUAAUAAAAAGAGUAUUAUUAUUACAAAAAGUAUAUUGAUUUCGUUCGUGAUAUGGUACGAGAUCAAAGCGACAAGCGGCAUUACUUGCGAUUUAAAUUGUUGAUAUUGGUUUUGUAUCCCGUGUAAAAACGUGAAACGACGCCCCUGUUUGUUAUAAUAUCGUUAAUUUUAAUCCUGGCAAAAACGCGGAAUAUUGUUUUUAACAUGUAUAGUAGGAUAUUAUUAUUUUGCCGAAGACGAUCACGAUAUUUGUAUAGACGGGUGGAAAAGUUUUGAUGACGCUCAAGAAAUACAAUUCCUGUUUCGCACACGUUUUAUAGCAGUUUGGCUAUUAUACAUAUGGAUACGUGUCGUACUUACGAGCGGACAAUUUUCGAUACACGUACUUACUUUUAAACCGUCGUCGUAGCUAUUAACCGCUAACGCGUUUCCUCUCGACCGGAUAAAAAGGAUUUCACUGCGAGCAAGUAGGCACUAAAGACGAAUCCAGUCCGUUUUACUUUCCCGGGGGUAAGAUGAUUUUUUUCCACGCAGUCUUUCGCUAAACAUUAACGCUGCAGUUUAGGUCUUCUGUGUAACGACGAAAGUAUUUAAUGUCGUGUAACGAUGCGUUUUAGUAACGAUUUAUUAUUUUACGUAAUGGCUAAUAUAUUUGGAGUUUCAAGCGAUGUUGUUAUGUUUAGGCAUAUUUUUUUAUAUAGCGAAUGAAAUAAACACGUUUUGUUAAAAAAAAAAACCCAAAUAGCUUUCGUAAAAAUUAAAAAAUUAAUCAUUUAAUACCAUUUUUACAAAUUUAGAUCAAACAUUUACGUACGAGGUACGGCCAAGGUUUGUGGGCAUUAACUUCAACACAAAUUUCGUAAAUACGUAUCUUGUAGAUGCAAUUUGUAUACUGUAUCGCAGUACAGUUCUGGGAAGUAUCGAGUAUCUUGUAUUGCGAUACUGAUAUCAAUAUGUAUUUAUUAUUGAGUAUAUUAUCUAAGACUUGAUUCCCAUUUUAAAGUAUCUCAUUUAAAGUAUCUUAUUUUAAAGUAUAUCAUUUUAAAGUAUCGAGUAUCUUGUAUUGCGAUACUGAUAUCAAUAUGUAUUUAUUAUCGAGUAUAUUAUCUAAGACUUGAUUCCCAUUUUAAAGUAUCUCACCAUAGGUUUUCGAAGAUGAUGCCUAAUUCCUUCUGGCUUUUCAAAAAUUACAUUUAAAAUUAAAUGUAAAUGUACGAAGAUGGAGAAUUCCAAACGUGUUUCUUAUAAAUAACCACAUUUAUCAAGAUACUGCAUUCGAGAAAAAUGUAGUUCAUAUUUAAAUUUAAAAUUUAUUGAGUAUCUAUUAUUGAAAUACAUUAAAUAUUAGUACUGACUAUCGAUUACCUUGUUUAUAGGGUGAUGCCAUACUUGUUCCAUUAGUAUUUAGAUACUGAAAAUUAAUUUAUCUUCUCUUGUCUUGUAUCAAGAUAAUCGUUAUGAUAAGUUAAAAUAAUAUCGACUUGUAAAUAUUAACUAUAAAUCAAUUUUUAAAAUAGAUUUUUUUUUAAUCUUAAUCGACAUAACAUUUUCCAAUUAUUAUUUGCUGUUUUUUGUAUAUCAAACAGCUAAACACAAAGUUUUUCUGCGGUGCACAACGAUAACACACAAAGUAAAAACGAAAACGACACGUGAACACAAUAAAACGUUUUACGCGCAGUUUUUUUUUUUUUACUUUAGUAAAUCGGCCGGAGGGAAAAAAACGUGCAUAAGUGACCGUUUCGCCCACGGGUAUCGAUGCGUUUAUAAACUUUUUAGAACCGAUACUGCCUCCCGAUCGUUUGAAAUAACAUAACGAAUCCUAUACGAAAACAAAAACAUAACUCUAUAUGAGUAUAAUCUCGAAUUUCAAAAAACUGUAUUAGUAUCGCAUAACUAUAAAAAUAUUAUUAUAAUCGUGGUGGGGAUUUCGCGUAUAUAGACCUUCCCGAAAAUAUGAACAGAAUUAUUCUAUAUAGUGGCACCUCAUACCCCUCCUCCCCUCAUCACCCUAAUUUCUAACCUCAUCUAAAUAUUGUAAACUUUUCAUAACAUUCUCACCGGGGGAAUUACACUGGAACAUUUUUUGAAUUUUUUCCGUUCUUAUAAAGUUCGGGACAUCUAACGUAUUAUUAUAAAAGCCCUAAUCGGUUUUAUAAUGUACACAUUUCAAAAUAAAAAUACCGUUUUUCUCCACUAUAAAUUUUUUUUAUUAUCAAAAAUACAUUAUUUUCGUUUAGGCACCUUAAAAAUGGAGAUUCUCGCGUAAAAUAUUGUAAAGAUGCUUCGUUUUUUUUUUAAUAAUAUAAAACUGCUAUUACUUCAACAUUAUAAAUUUCGUUAAUGUAUUUAUGUCAAAAUUGUAAUUUUAUUUAAAGGCAUAGUUUUAUUGAAAAAGAACAAUAUUAUUAACUUCAAAUUAUACACAGAUUGAUCUUUUUAUCACAAUCCAGCGAUUUUCUCGAAGGUUUUUAGAUAUAAAUUUUGCAAUCUUUAUGGAAUUACUAACGCUUUCUUUGAACACUAUUUUUAACUUUUUUCUCAGCUUCUUGUACCCUAAAUGAGUAUUAUUUUUUGAUUUUCUAACGGCAACACCCUUUUUCAACGCAAGGGCGGAUCCAGAGAAGCGGGAAGCACUGGGGCCAAAAAAAUUAAAAUAAUUCUAUUUGUAUUUAUUUAUUGUAUAUGUAUGUAAUAUAACAAUUCAUUAUGACGGACUAAAUAAAAAUAAAAUAUUUUCCGUUAAAAAUGUAUACAAUUAACUAUGCGAUCUAGUAUCUGCAAUGCAAUUUAUGUUAUAAUUGUUAAAUUGUAUCAAUUUCUUAUGCAUAGUUUCAUUGGCAAUUCAAAGUCAAAGUAGAAAUUUGUCUAAUUUGAAUGCCGUCUCCGUAAACAGAUCCUUAAUCCACCCUUAUUUCAACGUAGGUACAAAAAAAAAAAUAUUUGGUUAUAUUCGCGUAACCAUAAUACUAAUUAGAUAUACAGUUAAUGAGUUAUAAUUAGAUUUUGGAGUGUUUACGUUUUCUUUUUUUUUUUUUUGAUUGUCCUUCAUAAUGGGUUUUUAAAUAUAAAUUCGUUUCAUUAAAAAUAUAUAACUUUUAUUUUGCAUACAUUUACAUAUUUUCUGAUUUUUAUUUAGAAGUGAAUAUUUUGGAUUUUUCUGUUUUUAGCACAUAUACCUACAAGAAAAUAACAACUAAAUCGUAUCAUUGUUUUUUAAGUAAUUUAGUAACUAUAUUAAUUAUUCGGUAUCUUAUUUGACGUAUUGUGUUCAUGAUUCGGUAUUUUCAUUAUUUUUUAGUACUUAAGUACCUACCGGUACAUAUUUUAUUCAUAGUAUCCGUACCUAUUUUAUCGCAAAAACAUCCUAAAUUUAGUUAUAACAGUUUGAAAUUUAGACCGGAGUGGUAGGAAAGAGUAAUAAAAACCAUAUCUAUUUUUAGAUGAUAACCGUUUUUCCUACUCCUCUGGUUUAAAUUCUAAUCUGUUGUAACUCAUAAACGGUUAAUCAUUUAAAUAGUGUCAUAAGUAUUAAUAAUUUAUAGACAAAUAUUCCCUUUUAGAUUCUGAGUGUAGCGAAGAAAUAUAUUGGUUUUACUAAGACAUUCAUUUUUUUUUUUUUUUUUUAUAUAUAUACUGUAUACAAUAAUUCUACCAGAAAUAUUGCUGAGAUACAUACGCGCGGCACCAUUUCGAAAAGAAAUUGUUCUCCAGACGGUACUUUAAUGAGGUCAUUUUUUCAAUUUCCAAAGCAGUUUUCAUAAUAUCUGGGAAAAACCAGGAUAAUAUGUAAGAAUAAAUAAUGCUUUUAGUAUUUUUCAAUUUUAUUAUUUGUUGUGAUUCAGUUAAAAAUACUCGUUAGUUCAUGCGUUUUAUGGUAUGAAAUAUUUGAAAAUAUUGUAAAUAGAAUCAUUAAACGAGUCCGUGUUUAUUUAUAUGGAAAAUCGCUUGUACAAUGAUAAAAAUGUCCCUCUUUAUAAUCAUUUUACAAAUCUAUACAUGUCUUGAUUUUUGUUAUAUACUUUAAUAAGACAUCGGGAUACUAUCAUGUAAUAAAUUAGAGGCAAAAAAAAUUAUGCAAAUAGAUUGUAGACUUGUCGAGAAUUGUUCGGGAGUAAAUGGAAAAAAGUAUUAUUGUUUAUUGAGAAAAAUGUUUCGAAGAAGUAUACAACUGCCGCAUUUUCUCUUUUUUUUUUUCAUUUUCUUCAAAGACAUAGAUAUUUUCGCAGAGUGAUGCUGCUUACCUAGCUACUAUACCUUAAACACUAGUAUAGUGUGAAAUUCGUGUUUGGAAGUGCUGGACCGAAAAUGUGGUAAUUGAUUGUGCCGACUUUACGGCGCACGUCGAAUACAAAAUAUUAUUUCGGGGGCGUUAGUUUUCUCUCUCUCACUCUCUUUCUCUUUGGAAUCGCGAUAAAUUUACUUUUAAACCCGUGUAAAACGCCGCCGCCGCCGCGCCGGUGAAUUAUUGAACGUUUUAACUCCGCGCGGCAGUUUGUACCACCGCACAUUGUAAACACAUUGUUUUCGCAUCAAAACUUUAUAUAUUAUCAUUAUUAUUAUAUUGUCUGUUGAACAACACGAAUUAAUUAACUGCACCGUGCCAGUGUAUACUUAAUCCAGUGUAUAAUAAACCGAGUGUAUGAUACGUACACAUUACACACGUUCAUCAUCCACGUUUACAAUGAUAAUAUAUGAGUAGUACAUGCAUUUCGUAAGUGUAGUGUAGUGUUAUUUAUUUCUAUAAUAUGUUUAAAAAAUAAUGCUACUGUUCUCGCGGACGUAUAAUAUUAUUCUUCUUUGUAAAAAAUAUAACGAGGUACCUACGCUCGUAGUUUAUGGUUUAACGCAGACCGAUUUGUACAAAUACAAACAGUAGGUAAUAAUUGCAGUUGUACCUACACGCAGUCGGAGUGGAACGUAAUGCGUUAUCAUAAUAUCAUUGAAAUACGAGUACAGCAGUCUUGUAAAAGAUUGGGUUGCUUAAUAUUGUAUCCCUUUAAAAAUGUUUUGAAAUUACGGACUUCCACACACGGUGCUUACUGUUUUUGGAACGAGAAUCUCAAACCAGUAUUAUAGUGCAAGCGACUGGUUCGCAAUCGAUUAAUGUCGUCGCGUCGCAGACGAUAGCCCUUAAAUCUUGUUCCGAUAGUUUUGUGGGAAUGUUCGUGAAAAGAUAACCAACAACACCGUGUAAUCCAUAACUGAAUCCGAACCCGAUCAGAAAGCCCAGUCUCGCGAGAUUAGCCAGAAACCGGAUUCAAAUCGGUCUUGUUUCAGUCGACAAGUUUACAAAGUUACCGAACGGUCGCUUGCGCAACUGGUUUGGUAUUCUCGUUGAAAAACAGUCGCGCCGUGCACAAGGAUUCGGAUAGUACCCCAAGCGACGUCUAAAAUGUAUUAUGGUCAGGUAUCCAAACGCCCAAACUCAUGGUACGCGAUAAGUAACUGCGUGAGAAAAUGUCGUAUCCUGCAGAUAUAAUCGGCAUAUUAUACGAAACAUAUAUUAAAUACCAGUGGUGCUGAUCUAGGGGUAAAUCCCCCGCAAUUUUUCGGGGGUUGCACUGAUGGAUGAGUUAGGACAAGUUAUUACUAUACGUCACUGUACUAUACUAUACGUUAUUUAAACGUAUAGUAUAGAUAUGUUAAUACGCAUCGUAAUAAUAUUAAAAACCGUUCAUUUUUUGUUUUUUUCGGAGGAGAUAACCGAUACUGACAAGUACACAUACACAUACCAUGUAUUGUUUGUACAUAUUUUUUUUUACAUUAGGUAUAUAUCGUAUGAAUAUAAUUCAUAAUAUUUUAUAAGAAAAAAUAAUAUUCACAUGAUGAUAAAGUUGAAGUUAGUAAUAUGUUAUUAAAAAAUUAGAUUUUUGUCGAAGUAUACUCACAUGUAACAUUUAGUAAAAUAUUUAUAUGUUUGUAUUCAAUGAAUGACUAAAACAAAAAUAUUUACUUUAUUGUAUUUAAACACAACUUAAAUUAAGUAUUUGUAUUUUCUUACCAAUUAUUUCAAAAAGCAUUUUUAAUGCGUAUUAUAUUCCGAGCAUAGCAAUGGAGCUAAUGUUUUUUACAAUGCUGUUUAUUUUUAUCUUUUUUGUUCUAGUCUGUGGAUACAUUUUUUCCAAGUAAACUUGCCUCAAUUUACGUAUAGCAACUUUUAUGAAAUCUCAAGUUGUAUAAAUUGUAUAUUAGAAUGCCAUUUUUUUAUUUUCGAUGCCAUUUUUUAAAUAAAAGCACUUUAUUGGGGAAAAACUUAAAAUUUCGUACAAACGUAAAAACUUUUGAACCAUUUUUGAGCCACUUUUGAGCUUAAAAGAAAUUUUAAUUUUUGGGAGUUUUUUUGCUGUAAUUCGAUUAUAAAUACACGUAGAGACUGGAAACUUGGUAAUAAUACUUGUUGGAUUUACCUAGACGUGGUAAAAUUUCCAUAAUCAUCCGACGACUUUUUUCUUUAUAAGCGUUUUGAAAUCAAAUUUAAACGAAAAUCGCAAAAAAAAAUAUUACACCUCAAAUUAUGUAUUACCGAAUUGUGCUCGGAAUCGCCUUUCGUCAACCAAUGGUUUAUCGUUGCUUACAGAUAUAAAUGAAAUAACCUUAUGCAUUCUACCUUCCCAACUUCUCUUCUACAACAGUGGCCACUCCCAUGCUCAGUAUCAACUCUUUUUAACUUUUAUAAUAUCAUUAUCCUCACAGAAACAUGGCUUUCCCCUGACAUCCACGGCUCUAAACUGGGGCCUAAUGGCUAUUUUAUAUCUUGGGUUGAUAAAAAUCAGCUUAAUAGCAUCUACUUACGUGGAAGUGGGGUUCUCAUAGCAAUUAGUCAUAUUAUAAAAGCAACCUUUAUCGGUUCUAAUUUCAAUACUCUCGAGCAAUCGCUAAUCCUAAUCAAUGUCUUGAACAACAAUACGAAUUCGAAAUUUUUGAAAAUUGGGCCCAUGCUAUUGGUCUUAGUCCUAAUACAAAUAAAUGUCGUAUUAUGACUUUUUCUAGACAGCAAUCUCCUAUUCACCACAACUAUUCUUUUAAUGGCACCAGUCUUGACCGUGUUUCCUCUAUAAAGAUCUUGUUUUACUUUAUACUCCAUCUUUAAACUUUGAACAUCAUAUAAAUGUAAUCGUAAGUAAAGCAUAAAAAGUCUUGGGAUUUAUUAAGCACAACACCGCUCAUUUUUCUUCUGCUCGUUGGCUCGGACAUUGUAAAGCUGAGUAGUUGUCGGCAGGAGAGUUGAUUUUACGAGUAUAAGAUAGCAAAUCUUCAAAAAUCUUGGGCUGAACUCGCCUGAAAUCUAAAACGAUUCAUUCUGAGUAGAUGGAUUUCAAAUGGGCGAAGCUGUAUUUGUGCUAUGGCCGAAUUAGCGAAAUAACGUAAUUUGAAUGCAUAGCAAAUUCGCUGGACAAACCCUAGAAUUCUAUGCACGUUAAUUCAAUAAUAUGACCUUAAACACAAAGUGGGUAAGAACUGGAAAUCAAGAUUACGAUCGGAAUCUAUAGCUACGAGUUCGUGUACGAAUUCGUUAAGUAAAUUAAACUCGACGAUCGGUUAAAACACAAUUUUUUACUCGCACAUUUGCCUACAUAUAAAUCAAAUAACUCUGUAUAUAUCCUCCUUCGCUGAAAACAGUGGCGAACCACAUCAACAAUGUCGCCUUUUUUUAUUUUUUGUAAAUGUGAUUGUGAUUUUUGAGUAGUAUAAAUUUUCGAUUGCACAAUUCAGCGCAAAGAAUACAAUGUAUCGUCGUAGCGCGUUAUUAUUAUGUACACCGAACGUGAAGACAAAAAUUAUUAAAUUAUUUUUAAGGAAAAAUGAUGCCGAAAAUGAGUUUAGGAUUUAAGUUUUUAGAUUUGUGCGUAAGUAUUCACGGAACCGUCUCUCUUUUUUUGAUUUGUAAGUAUUAAUACAAAUAUCGUCAAAUAUAAUACUAAUACUAAUAAUAAUAACACAAAAACUUCAAUAAUAAUAAUGUAUAUAACUUUUGGAUAGACAAACAGACACUAUUACAAUUUGCAGCCGAAACGAUGAGUUCUGUUUAUUUUAGAAUCAUGUACGAACUAUCGUAUAUGUUUUGGUAGUAUCGGUAUGCAUUAUUUGUUCGACGCAUGAUUUUCAUUUUAGGAUAUUGUGAAAACGAACGCAGAAUUACCGUACACCGUGUACCGUAAUAAUAAUGGUAUUUAUUUGGGCGCUUGUAUUAUAUAAAUAUCGUGAACGACAGAAAAACGUGAAAUUAUUCGUAAUUAUAAUAAUUUUAUGAUACAUGAGUAUCCUGUUAUUCGUGGUGAAUGUGUUCGAGAAUCGAAAUUGUACGGCGUAUACGGGGUUUUUCAGAGAGGUCUGACAAGCGCAAUCAUUUCUGUUAUGUUCAAUAUGUUUAAGUUUUGUGGUAAUCACUCGUGAUUUUUUAUAUUUUUUGCUGUUGAUUAUUUAAAAAUAAAAAAUAAAUCACAAAAUCCAAAGUUAAUUAUCUUGGAUAUAAAUUUAUUUUGAAACAAAAUAUUGAUGUUUAAAAAUAUAUUCAUUAAUGACGUGUAAUUGAUUUUCUGCAAUUUGAGUAUACUUCCCAUUCAUCACUGUGAAUCUAGUUGACCCUGGUUCUUUAUUUCACAUAGCAAAAGGUUUUUGCAUAUUAUUAUUUUUUUUUUUUUUUUUUUUUACUAUAAAACGAAAAACUAUACAUAUACAUCGUUUUUAAACUGUGAAAUAUUAUUUAAACGAACUUCAAAAAUACUCUGAAUACUAUACAAAUAUAAUAAUUUCAAAUAAAUUGAUUUUUAUUUAGGUAUUGUUGGGCGGCGGCCGAAGGCAUUGGUUACCGAAAGUGGCACAGGAUCCGGAACAAAAAACCGAAGAGGGCAGACGUCUAGAUGGUCGGAAUUUAAUAGACGAUUGGAUCAGAGACAAAAAGAAACAGAAGGUCAGAUCAGAAUACGUAUGGACCAAAGAUCAGCUGGACAAAAUAGAUCCUCAGAAAGUCGAUCAUCUUUUAGGUAUGAUGAUAUGUAUUUUAAUAGAACUCCAACAUUUUUUUUUUCAAAUAUCAAUAAAUUUAUGAUUUCGAUUUUUUGAAUUUAUCGAGGGAAAAAAGAUUGAUGAGAUAAUCAAUAUCCCACUGUAGAAGUGUGUGCACGAAUUUCAUUCGUUUCGGUAUUCGAUCCUAUGGGUUAGGUCGAAUUUAAGAUGAAUUGUAUUUUGGUUUUUAAAAGAAAGUAAUCGUCGUUUUGCCCUCCGGUAAAAUACAAGUAAUGAGUGAAAUGAAAAAAGACAUUUUAAAAAAAAUGUUAGAACAAAAAAUUGAUUUAAAAGUUGGAAAAAUUCUGAUUUCCUUUUCCACUUACAAUAAUUAUCCGAUCCAUAGCUAUUAAUUUUAUUAUCGUAAAAAUCUGCAUGUAAAUUAUUAGAUGAAUUAUUAUUGGUGUGGUUAAUGAUCCAAGUGCAACUCAUCUAUUUCGAUUUAGGUAAAACGUGCAGUUUUACUGUUCUCGAUCGUAAAUAAUAUUUUAACUCGUGAAUUUUUCUAUUAAAGUUUAACAAAAAUCUAGUAAUUGGCAAUCGAUGCGUUUAUAUGAAACUCUAUUUUCUUUCAUUCAGUUUUAAAAAUUAAUUUUCUAACGAAUAGUAUACGAAAAAAAAAAUUUUAACUCCUUCUUUAGAAAAUAAUAUAAUAACAUUAUAUUUUAGAAACAAAAAAAAAAAAAGGAUUAUCAUGUUCAAUGAUGUGUAUAUAGUACGACUAGGAAUUAGUCUAAAGCUCCACUGUUAUUGUGCACCACUCUUUCGAGUUAAAAAAAAAUUCCACUUGAAGGCUUAUUUUUAUUUAAAGCGUUAGGCGGCAUUAUAAUCGUAUGUUCAGUUUUAUGUUAUAAAAAAAAAAAUUUGCAAUUUCAUUGUAUUUUUAUUUUAAUUUUAGGUAUUUUUAUGAUUUCUGUAUUUCGCUAAUUUAUCCGUCACCAAAUUCUUUAGUCGGAUUUUCAGUUAAGAAAGUUAAAGUCCUGUAGUAAAUAAUAUAAUAUAUAUUAUUAUAGAAAAAUAUAAAAACAUACGUGCGUUUAUUUAUUGUUUUUAAAAUCCGAAAACAACUCAUCCCUCUAUACGAAAAAAUCUCUUAUGAACAUUAACUCAUUAGACCAAUAAGACUCCAGCUAAUAUACACAAUACCCGCAGGAUUUACCUAUAAGCAGAACAAUUAAUUAAUAUUAUAGUGGCGAAAUUUCGGGGUGUCAAAUAUUUCACUGAUAAAAAAAGAAAACAAUAAAUUAAUUAACUUUUUUAUUUACUACAAACACACCAAUCAGAGAACUAGUUUAAGUUAGGUAUUUAUUUGUUUCUAAUAUGGCAGAAAAAAUACUAUUCGUCUUUAAUGUCGUUGGAAAAAAAAAAUCGACAAAGUAGUACUGAAAAUACUAUGCCAAACCGCUAAAGCACUGCACGGUCCGGUAUUUUCAGUCUUUUUAUUUUUGAAUUCACAGUUUUUGAAUCCUGUUCGGUCCGAAUCUUCAAAUUAAACUGUCCGAUUCCGCCCAGCUUAUUCACAAAUUUCGGUCUAAUACAGUUCGAUUCGGUUCAUUACAGUGUAUAUGAAAACGGUCCGAUUUCAGUAUCUUUUUGUUGAUAAAAAAAACCUGUCCGAUCCAGUUCAGUCCCACUGUUUAUUCCAUCAGUCCAGUGCGGUCUUUAAAUGCAUGGACUGUUCAAAGCACCUAGUUAUUUUAAAUUACAAAUUGAAUUUCCAGGACUCCUAUAAAUUUUAAUUAUUCUAUAUUGAACAAUUUUCAAAAUGCAAUUUGAUUUUGCUUAGUAUUUUGAGAUUUUAAUUUUCUGUCAAUAAAUAGCAAAUACUAUAAAAAUGAUUUACUUUUUGUAUGUUAAAUUGUUUCUCACUUUUUAAAUCAUCUUUCGAUAUUGGUAAAUUAUAAUUUAGACAGAGUACGUUUUUUCCCUUCACCUUUUUAUUAAUUAAUAUUUCUUUCAAACAUAUUUUAAAUCUGUUUGCUUUUUAUACAUUUUAAAAUAAAAAAAAUACAUUUAUUUGUUUUAUUUUAAUGUGUUGUUUGAAAAAAUAAAAAUAAAAAAACGUAUUAUGGUGAAAGGGGAGGCGAUUACCUUUCUACUUGUAGGCGGCAAAUCACUUAGUCCACCGCUGCACUGGGGUUAACUUUAUUGUAAACACAUUAGUGUAUCAAUACCCUCAGGAUGGUAAAUUUACUAUUCCGUUUCCGAAUCUCCUCUUCGUUACAGGUAUUUACUAGACAACUCUUACUCUAUAACAGGUACUUGAAUUUUAGCAAAACCAUUUAACGAUCGGCGAGUUUAUACCUAAAAUAAUAGAAAAUGUAUGAUAUUGAAACACGUUUCCAUACUUCUUUCGUUCUAUUCCUGAGUUAUGAAUAUAUUACUUAAUCAUUUUUAGAUACCCGGGACUUUCAUUACUAUUAUUAUUAUUAUUAUUUUUUUUUUUUUUUUAACGAGGGGAAAUCUAAAAAAAAUGUCCCUUCAAAUCGCAACCCAAAAUUACCACUUUUUAUAUUGCAUAAUAGGUACCUAAAUAAUUUCGAACGCAAUUUUAGUCAAAAAAAUAAUAAUUUGAGAUUGACACAAUAUAGGUGUUUGACACGGAGUAAAAAUUAAAUCUGAUAUCAACAGGACGCUUUCUUAAGUAAUAUGUUUUCUCCGCAUUACAAUCGCACGGCAUAAAAAAUUUGAUUUCAGCAGAACCGAUUUUGUGCUUUUAUUUUUGAUAUUAGAGCGGAUCGACUAACUAUCAAGUUUAAAGGCAGAAACAUUAUUUGUGUUUGUACGACAAUUGUUUUUUAUUUAAAUUUUAAGCGAAAUACGAUUGUGAAAUAUUAUAGUUCAAAAAUCCUUAUCUGUUAUCGCCUUGAAGUUUGAUUAUUAAUUGGUCAACGAACUCUAAUAUCAAAUGUAGAAAAUUGAUUCUGCUGAAUGCAGAUUCACUGUUUUGUGUCUGUGUGUUAGACAGAACCAACCAAUAACGGGUCGCGUGGUCUUAAAAUUACCAUUUUCUAAGUAAUUGAUACAGAAAUAAAAAUAAAAAAAAAAAGAGAGGAGGAUUUAUCCGGAAUAAUUUCAAUUGAAUUCCACGCAAUUGCACGCGUAUUAUACGAUAGUGUCAGACAUGGGCGCCCGCCGGAAAUUUAUUAGAGAGGAGCAUAAUAAAAUCGAACACCAAAAAACAUAUAAAAUAAAAUUAUGUUUGGAAUUUUGAAGUUCAGGGCGGGGGCGACAGUUGCCCCGUCUUGUUCCCCCCCACCGGGCGCCUAUUAUGUGGGAGUUUAUUAUAACUAUAUGCAUAUAUAUAUAUACCGAUGGUCACCGGAAAACGUGUUACGUUCGUUAUCACUCCACGUCAUAGACUCGAUAAUUCAAUAAUAUUAUAAAUUCGGAAUUAUCGUAAAGUGGAUUUUUUUUUUUUUUUUUAUACCUCCUAUACGGUCGUUGUUUGGCUAUCGUUAACAUAUAAGUAUUUAUAUAUACAUAUAUAAGCCCGCGGUUGAACUCUCUCCGUUCUUUAUUGCCGUGGUAUAGGUACGAAACGCGUAUUUGCGGUGCACAAAUACAAAUAAUACGUGCAUAAUAACAUAAUACUCAAACUCUCGAAAGGAACGGAAUAAUAUACGCAUUUAUUUAUCGCGUACGGUUCAUAAAAUCUUAAGGGCGCGCUGGCUGCGGCAAUAAGGUUUUUGGUACCUAACAAAUCCUCAUAUAGCCUUUAUUAUAAUAUAUAAUGGCGUCAAAUGCACAAAAAGUAUUAUUAUUUUUCGCACGUAUUUUCUAUAUAUAUAUAUAUAUAUUAUUAUAUAACCGAUAUUAUUAUAAUAAUAAAAUACUCGUGUCGUAAAAUAUGUUCGGAAAUAAACUCUUGUCAUUCGUUUCGUAUACACUAUUAUUAUUAUUAUACUUUAUUUUCGUACUGACUACUCGUCGAUUUAUUAUUAUUCGUUUCCGCGCCAAGACGAACGACACUCUCUAUUAUUAUUAUUAUUAUUGUAUCGUCAAGCGAUGUCGAUCAAUAUAUUAUAGAAAUAUUCAGAGUGAUUUUAAAAAAAAAUAAAAAAAAAUAAAUACAUUUAUAUAAGCGUAUAUAUAUAUAUAGGAAACACUGACAACGACAAUAUUAAUGUCGAAUAUACCGGUUCCGAACAAAAUCUUGAACGAGCGCACGAACGGUGAGAUUCGAAAUGUUCAACGUUUACAUACGGAGUUUCAUAUUUUGAAGUGUCCAGGGUUUUCGUUUUACGCGGAUACACUUUUGUUACGGCUACGUAGAAACGUUUCCGAAAUUCGAUGCAAUGAGUUUUGUUGCGAGUACUGCACUUACGGCACAACCUUACGAAAAUAUCGAAUUUUCAAAUGUGUCGGUAUUUUAGAUUUUGUGAUUUUGUGUUUAGUGAAGAAGAUAUCGGUUUUAAUGAUAUGUUUUUCAGAUUCUGGGUGAAGCGAUAGGAAUUUAUUGGUUUUACAAUGAUGUUUAUUUGAUUUGUAUUUAUUUUUUUUUUUUUACUUGGAACAAGUUUUCUUCCCGAAAUCUUGUUCCGCUGUAUCAAGUGCAGUCCUUUUUCUGAAAGAAAAUUAUGUCUUGGUUGGUACUUUAUAAAGGUAAUUUUUUAAUUUACAAACGAUUUUCAUUAUAAUUGGGAAAUACUAUAAGAAAAUGGAAAAAUUGACGAAAUAUAUUAUUUUCAAUUUUUUUUUUUUUGUUGUUGUCAAUUAAAAGUAUUCGUAGAGACUUGAAAUUUGGGCAGAAAACUCAUAUUAACAUUUCCUUUACGUAUUCAAAUGUUCAAACCAUUUUAUGCCAAUUUUUGAGCUAUUCCUAGACAUUUUAAUUUUGGGAGUUUUUUUAUGUAAUCUUUAAUUGGUAGGUAAAACAAGAAAAACUUGAGUUGAAUGUGGUAUUUUUUUUAAUUUUGUUGAAAAUCGUAAAUAUUACGGCCUUUUAAAACAUGAAUAUAUAACCGAACUCAGCUCGGAAUCGCUUUUCGUUAUUAAUGAUUAAUCGUUUCACUUCACGCAGCAUCUAAAAAAAAAAUGUAAAAUUCUCAACACUUUAUCUAUUAAAUAUCGAUAUAUCGAUUUAAUUUUUGUUAAUUCCUGGGCACCUUGGCUACCAGGGAAAAUACUCAUCUAAUAUAUUAAUCUGCACAGAAUCGUUUUUCGAUUUCAAUGAUUUAUCAUCGCUUUAUCUACUGUUUAAGUCUUAAAAUUAUGAUUUUCGCGAUUCUGAAAACAAAUUUAGCCCUUACACCCAUUUUAGAUCUCUAGUUCCGUGUCUUUGUAUGUUAUAAUAUAUGCAAUAUAGCAUCAAUGUCGGUGCAUACACACGCGUCGCCAAACAUUACGAUAAGAACUGUGUAAUAAUGUGGCUUAAGUGUGUCUGCCGCCCCCGUGACAAGGUGAAUUUACGUAUGUCAAGCGUAUAUAAAAUAAACAUACCCGUCGAGUAAUGGAGUAACAUAGGAGUAUAUUAUCAUACAUGUUUAAUGUGCAAACGUACGAAACUUUCACGAGGUAUAUACAUGUUAGGGUGUUCCUUAUUUUUGAAUCAAGUUUCCAAGUGAAAAAAUCAGUUGAAAAUAAUUUUAAAAAAAGCUUACAAUUUUUUUCUGUUUUUUUAUUUUAGACGCUAAAUGAUGCCGACCCACGUGAGUUUAAUUUUCCAAAUAAAAAAAUAUAUAUCGAGUCCGAUAAGAUCCCAAACGGAUGGGAAUUAACUAGCAACUACUAUCUUUCUUCUUGGAAAAAAUAACUGAUUUUCACCGAGUCGUACAUGUUUUUGUUUAUUUUUUAAUUUAUGUUUUAGUAUUAUAUGAAACUUCGACGUGAUUAUCAUGUUAUUAUUUAUCAUUUUAACAUGAGCAAAAUGUCGAAUCAAUGCGAUUCCAAUAUUUGAUAUCGCUAAUUCCGGUCCUCUUAUUAUGAUACGUCCAAAAUAAUAGGUUCUCUGAAUCUUCAGUCCUUCACGUUAUGCUUUAUUUUCGAUACUCAUGCUAUUCUUGUUUUUCUCCCACAACAGCAUCCCAGAUAGAUCUCAUGCCAUUUAUCGAUGAAAGGAAAACUGGAGUUUUUUUCGGUAAUUUGGGUAAAAACACAUAUUGCUGCGAUAUUCCUCCGUAUACGCAAAAUGUAACACCAACGAGACAGUCCUAAUGGGGGGGCGGUUUUUUUUUUUUUUUCAUUAGUACUUUUGGAAGGGACAUUUUUGGAAACGAUUCAAAAACAAACCGCUGCUACAGCUAUACAGGAAUUGUGUGGCGAAACCGGUGUCUCGUGACGGUCCCCGGCGUUGGCCAAGAGCCCAAAAUAUCGGUGCUGUUGAAAUAUAUUAUUUUAUAUGUAUAUACGUAUAUAUUCGACGUCUUUGAUACACAGCGGUAAACCGCUGAGCAAAGUUCAAAAAAAAGAAAAUAUUUCACGUGUGUGUGUGUAUUUCUUCUAUAGGUUUGUUUGCGUACUCUCACAUGGAGUUCGAAGUGGACCGGAACAAGGGACUGGACGGUGACCCGCCUCUGCACGAGAUGGCGGUCAAAGCGCUCUCCAUACUCCAAAAGAACAACAAAGGAUUCUUUCUGUUUGUCGAGAGUGAGUAUAUUAUUUAUAAGUAUAUAUAUAUAUAUACUUAUAUAUAAAUAGGUACAUUAUACAAGACUGAUGGUAAAUCACCAAAAGUCACUAAAUAGUCGCUUUUUUCAUUUUUAAGUCAUUUUACCUUAGACAAUUUAAAAUGAAUCAAUUGUGCAAUUUUAAAUUAUUUUGCUUGUAAAUUAUUAUGAGGACGCCAUAUUUUUGGCUACCAUUGUGAAAUAAACUUAUCAUUUUAUCAGAAUUAUCACUUUAUCGAUUUCUACUUUUUUUAAAUUAUAUACCCUUCAAAAUUUACAUUUUGAAAAUCUUUGGUCUUGCAAUUCGACGCAAAUUUUAACUCUGGAUUAAAGUGGUUGGGCUAGUCCAUCAUACUUCAAAUUGGUUAGUACUGUUCCAAACAAAACUUACAAAUUAAUAAACUCAAUUAUUAUUCAUCAAUAUUUUACAUCAACUCUAACCCUAUGAGUUAAAGUGGAUUAACUACGUGAAGUUGGCCCAGCUUCUAUAUUUUUAUCGUCAACGUGAAAAUAAUGAUUUCAAAAUUAAACCUUCAAAUUCUUCUUAUUCUUGCUAAUUAAUAGUUAAAUAACGACUAUAUUUGUCGAUUUUUGAUUAGAUCAGUGGGCCAUGACUCCAUGACGAUUUAUUUUUAAAUACAACAGAACAAUGUUUUGUCGACCCUGGACCUGGUAUAGUUAUCAAAUAUAUGAAGAAAAAGGGUACAUGUACAUAAGUGAAAACCGACUUUAUUCUUAUGUACAAAAAUGAGACGAAAAUUGGCUUGUGCACAUUGGCACUAGAGUCGAUAUUUUAAUACGGCUGAAUCAAUAUUUGUAGAUCGAUUAACGUCGAGAAAUUUUAAACUGAUUUUAAUUAUUGAUAUAGCGACAUUUAUAAAAAUAUAUUAUAUUAUAUUAUAUUAUAUUUCUUUUCCUCGCCUUUCGCUCUUCUUUUUUUUAAAAAAAACUGGUAUGUAAUAAUUAUGAUUAUAUUACCUGUCUACUAGCCAUAUAGUUUUGAUAAAUUACGUGUUCAAUCGCGCAUAAUAUUGAGAUAUUGUCCAGUUGCAAAAAACUUUUUAAAAGCUUCGGCCAGCAGCCAUAGGGCAUAGACAGAAUAUAGAAUAUAGAACACCGUGCCCGACCAAGUUUUAUGCGGCCCCGAGAAAUUAUGCAGAACAAAGUUGUGACACGAAAAUUAAUAUAAUUAAUCAAGUUUUUUCAUAAAUUUAUUACUGCAGUAUCAUUUUCCGAACUUCAUAACUUUAUAUCCGAUGAUGUUAUAAUAUGUAUUAAGUACCUAUAGAUACGAAAAGUGACCGGGAAUACUUUCGAAGCAGCAUUUUAUUUAAUUAAUAAAAGUCUUAAAAUGGUAUCCUGUAAUCGAAUUUAUCGCGAUUAAUAAGUUUAUCAGUUUAUACAAUGCAUAUUAUGUAAAAUUUUCCUGGGAUUUCUGCCGUCACAACGACUCAUCGAGUUUCCUUACGAACCCCCCAAAAAAGUUUGUGUAAAACAAUAUUAUGUUUAUCGACUUUUAAGACGGUGAAAACUAUCGAAAAAUUGUCGAACACUAUUCGAAAAACAUCGUGUACCAUUUCGGUCUAAGAACAGUAGCCGAAUAAUCAAACAAUGUCCCCAUCUAAACAUUCGUUCUUCUUCUUUAGAACUUUUACUGACAGGCUUUAGCCUUCCACUACUUCACUACAUCUUUACCUAUUUUCACUCUUUUGUUCACUCUGUUCCCAGUCUCAUUACUCGUGUACAUUUCCAUAUAUACGUAUACCUUAUUUAUUAAUUGUAGGUAUAGGUAGUCCACGUAUGUGUAAUAGUAGGAUACUAGUUAAGAAUUAGGAAAAUUUGAAACAUCGGACCGAUUCAUCUGCAAGCACUAUAGACCAUAUACAUAUUAAAUAAUGGACAGCAAAUUCUCAUACCCUGCCUAUUAAUCAUCAAGAUGAACUAAAUUGAAAGAGACAUGGUCCAAACUAUGAAUAUCUCAUUCUCUAUAUCGUCUGCAUGAUCAAUAAUGUGAUCACGUGUGGUACACCAUACACUGCCCAAAGGUAAUAGGUAUACAGCCCAAACGCUCUAUUUGCUCUCUCGUUCUAUAUUACCGUCUUACGAUAUCUUUAUCUAGACAUCGUUAAUUAGCCAAUAUGCUAUUUACGGCCAAUAAAAAUUGUAAAUCAUUUAGGUGGCCGCAUCGAUCACGCGCAUCAUUACAACAAUCCCUAUCGUGCAUUAGAAGAAACUCUGGUUUUGGAGACCACGCUAGAAGCCAUCAUGUCCAAAGUCGAUUUAUCUGAAACGCUGAUCGUCGUCACCGCGGAUCAUUCACACGUGAUGACAAUGGGAGGAUUAGCGACGCCUCGGGGCAACUCCAUAUUGGGUAAGUAUGUCUUUUCGAUAGUUUUACAUAUUCCGUAACCUACUAAAGGGUGGCGAUAUUUUUUAACGUUUUUUUUCAUUUCGUAUAGUCGUUCAGUUUAAUUUUGUUCAGUCAGAGACGCAAUAAAGUACAUAUCAAUUGCCUAUAAUAUAUUGACACAGAACACAGUGAAAACGCAUAAAAAGAAUUAUCUAUAUGUACAAGCGUAUACCAUUAUGUAAACUGUCUCGACCAAAUAAUAAAAUUAACGUUAUGUAGUUGAAUGCCACAGUUUAAAACAAAAUAUCGUUAAUUCAAUUUAUAAAAAGAAUAUGUGUAAUGUACUGCGUAUUUUGUGUAUUAGCCAUAAAAAUAACUUCACUCGGCUAAAUCGAGUUUAAAAGUACAGUUAAAAAAUAUAUGUAUAAGUGUUUAUCUUUAAUUGUUUACAUAGUAUAAUAUACGAAUACAAUUUCGUUAACAGCUUUUGCUGUUUUAAAGUCGUAACUUUUAAAAAGUUCUUCUAUUUUACAAAUUUUAAAAACAAAUCACUGCAGUAGUUUUCUAUCUGAUCGUUUUUCAAUAUAUUUGCCCUACAUAUUACAUCUGACCGGUUCCAUUUUAAAUGAAAACGUUUACAAAUAAUUUUCAAGUAAAUUAUAUGUAUCGUAUUUUUACAUUAAAAGUAUUUUUAAGCAAUACUUGGGUAAUAAAACGAACAAAAUAAAUAAUUUUAAAAACUAAAAAUGAUCAAAGUUAUCGGUGACAUAGAUUUACUAUUGAAAAUACAUCUAUGAAUACGUUUAAAAGAAAUACAUAAAUUCAAUUGUGUAUCCUUUGGCAGUGUAGUUCCUUAACCGGUAACUACUCAACGUCUAAGAUAUUUCGAACAAUAGAUGUUUGAAAUCGACAAAACGAUGUAUAAUAAGAAAAAACCCAGCAACCUGCAAAUCAACAGUAAAUUUUAAAUAAGUAUAGGUAUGUACCUAUGUACACUGCAAUUUCAGUUAUGCAUUUACCGAUUUACAACGAUAUCAAAAUGAAAUGUUUGUUCUUCGUGCGUGUAUAUGUAUAUUGGAUUUUCCUUUGCUUACUUUCGGUUCGGGACGUAAACGAGUUUGUCGUAUAAAAAUGUAGACAUUUCACUUAUGAAAAUAAUCCGACGGGGGCCAAAAAACCGUAAGAAAUAGUAUAGCCACCCAGUAUAGGUGCGAAAUAUAUACGAAACCUCUCGAAUUUUGAUCACGUGGCACAAUAGCGAAUAAAGCCGAGCAUACUGCAAGCGUGUAAAAUAAAUAAAAAUCUCAUUUUUCCCGUUUUUUUUUUUUUUUUUUUUGUAAUAUUUUUAGGUAUGUAUGGAGACAAAAAAAAAUAUUUCAUAAAACAAACAAUGAACAGCAUAGAAUGCGCAAUAGUCGUACGAGUAUUGUAACGAAAUGUUUUAUUUUUAAUUAUUUAUAUUAAAGAAACAAUGAAAAUUUCUUUAUCUCGCGAAAAUGGCAAUUUUCUUAUCUCUGGGAAGGGGAUAAUUUUGUAACACAUGCGAUUUGUUUAGGCCGAAAAAAAAUUGCUUUUAGAGCAAAAAAAAAAAAAAAAACCCAAUUGAAUAAAUUCAAUUUAACGUAUUUCCCUGUCUCUCUUUUUAUUUCAUCCGUGUCACCCGUACGGAGCCUACGGAAAUAAUUCGAUUUUCGUUCUAUCAACACGAAAAACCUUUUUUCAACUACCCUUUGGGCCGAUUUUCGGAAAUCUAGAUUCAAAGAGCACACUGACCCGUUCAUACGCUUCUAUAUGCAAAUUUUCAAACUUCUCGUUGCGAUGGGUUUAUCUAGGCACGCCACUGCUGCUGUGAAUUGUGCACAGACCGACGAAUAGACUUUGUACCUAAUUGUAUACGCUUCCUUUUAUUAAAACAUAGAUUUCGUUUAAAUAAACGAAAUCAUUAUGUCUACUGCCGAUAGUUUAAUAAUUUUUACUAGUGUAUCCAAUGACUAUAUCCAAUUAUAAAAAGAUAUCUGGGAGAGGGCUUUAAUUUUUUAUAAUCGUCAACUAUUGUGAUAAUCGGGAAAUAAUAUUAUGUCCGACUUAUAUUUUAUUCAUUAUGCACGCGGUUAGAUAAUUUUAAAAAUAUUACAUUGGUUUUUAACUCGUAGAUUUUAGAAGGCGAUAAAAAUGUAUACAUUUUUAUUUAUUUUUUUUUUUCUGCGAUUUUAUUUAAUAGUCGUCGAGUUAUAAGUUUUCUCUGAGAAAUAAAAGAUAUGGGCGUAUCUGAUGAUACACAAAUUAAACCACGUGCGCGCGUAUUUCUCGCAGUUAUUGUAAAAACUAAUUGAAAAAUAAUAUAAAAGAAGUAGAGAUUGUUGUUGAUAAUAAUAUUAAUACGGGCAAUAAUUUAGCGAACGUUUCGAUUUAAACCUAUAAAUAAUAAUAAUAAAAAACAGUAAACAUCAAAUAAUAUUUUACUUUUCAUUGAACCGCCAAUAGAAAUAUUAUUCAUACCACCAGUUUAUCGGUUAGAUAUAACCGAUGUUUUUCUUUGGUCAAAAUAGAUUUUUAUAUUAAAAUUAUACAUUUUUUUUUAAACACGGGUUUUCGUAUAUUGUUAUUAUGUGUUCACCAACAAUUGUACAACAAUAACGUGACGUUCAAUUUAUAGUACCGCAAAGAAAACAUUAUUUUGUUAUAAGUUACGUUUAAGAAGACCUGAGGACGUCACAACACGCCGUGGUGCUGUCUACGUUUUACCAACGCAUGACAUAGCAAAAUUGCGUUACUCAGAACGUAAAUUAUGGCGUUUAGGUUGAAAUUGGAGUUUAAACACAAGUAACGAAACGUAAAGUGAAGAGUAUUUUGCGAGUUGUACGUGCCUUGUUAUUUUUUAAAAGUUUUGUCAUAAUGUCAUUUUUAGUUUUUACAUUUUUUAAAUAGCUGUAACUUUUUUGUAUGACAAUUGUUUAGAAAAAAGAUACGGACAUACUUCACACGAUGGGUGGUCCAUAGUUGUUGAUGAGAAGCUGAGAAAAUAGUAUAUAGCAGAGAGCAAUUUAACGUACCUAUAUCUGAAUACAACAAUUAAUAUUUGCUAAAAAAAAAAACGAUUCUGAGUUCGGUUAUAGAAUAGUAAAAAAAAUGUCUAUAUUACACUUAUUUUUUUUUUUGUUUUUACGACAAAGAACCACUUAUAAUGAACCUCGUAUUAAAUUUUCAAGCAUUUCAAGCAUUUGGUAAAAUAAUUUUUAUUCAUUGCAUUGUUGAUUUGUGUGCAUAAAUUUCAAGUCUAUAAAUAUAAGGAAAUAUAGCAUAUUACUAUAUUAUUAUAUCUUACCUUGUCAAACCGAAUUUAUAUAAAAUUCUGAAAUGAGUACUGAAAGUGACGAUCACUGCAAAAGGGGAAAAAAAAUGAUUUUCAUUCAUUGUGAAACGGUAAAUCCAAAAUGUAAAUGCGAACACCGUGGAGCUGCCACAAAUAGAUGAGAAAAUUAAAUUUCGGAAUGUUUGAAAUUUCAGAUAUCUGCGUGUCCAUAGAUUUUGACCAAAUCCGGUGUAAUUAAACGUCAUUUUUAUUUUCAGUUUUAUCAUCGUGUUUUUAAUGUUUUAAAUUUUGAAAAAAAAAAAAACUUUCUCGUAUAAUAAAACACUAUUUUAACACGUCCGAAAAUAUUGAUAAAUAUUAUUAUCGUGAGGUGGAGCAAUGUAUUCCCCAAAUAAUUAUUAUGACCGACUUAAAUUAACAUAUUAAUGAGGAGACACUGAUUCGAAUUGAUUAUAAUCAUAAUAUAUUAUUAUGGUUGUGUAAUUUAUUUGGCGAUGAGUGACCACGGCCAUGAUUGACGUGUAUUUUAAUUAAAUAUUUCCUCUAUUUUUUGCUGUUAUACUAUUAUAGAAAAUAAAUCGAAGUGAUGGACCGGUACGGUGGUAAAUGGUUGACAUUUUUAUACAGAACGAAUAAUAUUCGAUAAGACACUCAUUAACUCAGGCAGUAUUUACUUUUACGGAAUUUGGCUCUUGAACUGUUUAGAAACAAACACCUCUAAAACGUUAUAUAACCUUUAUUUCUUGUCCCCUUUAAUUUAGGGGGUACCACUAUCAACAUUUUUAUAUUAAAAUAGCAACCUAUAUUAAAAAUGUCUUAAAUAGAUAAUGUUUUAAUUGGAAUGAAUUAUUGACGAGGUGUUUCAUUUUUAAUUUUAGGUAGGGGAGAGUAAUGGAGUACUAUUCAAAUAGCACGUGUCGCGCUGCCACACAAAUGACGCUCCACUGCUCACCCUGUACCAAAACUUAAAAGUGUAAUAUUUUGUCAACAUUAAAUUUUAAAAUGUAAAACUAAAACGUCAUUUAUUUAUGGAAUUUUCAACGUAUUUCAAAUCAAAAGUGGGUGGUAAUUUCACUCCAUAAAAUACGAGUCACGAGAAAUAACGAUUAUGUAACAUUUUGGAGCUGCUUGUAAUAUGUUCUAAAAACCGAAUUCCAAAAAAGUAAAUACUGUGCGAAAAAAUAAUUGUCUUAUUAAUGAUUGAUCAUGAUAAAUUGUACCUAGGUAUAUUAUAUAGCAUAAAUCGGAAAAGGUGGAUGUAUAGUAAUUAUUUUCUAAUUAAUUUUAUUUUCCAGAAAGAAAUUAUUAACACAAAAACUGUAAUAUCUCAAAUUUUCUUGAAACUUGUAGGCAUAUUAUAUUCGUAACACACUAUCCAGAUGAGUUAUCACAGUCACAAGUAACCCGAGUACAUUGGGUAGGGUAUUUGAUUAAAUUCUUAGUACUCACUUGAUCUGGGAGAGACCUUGGCUGAGUUUUGGGAGGGGGGCUACAAUACUUAAGCCCCUGCCCUAUUUGUGUCGAUGUAGAUAUAAGUGCUGUUAUUAUUAUUAUUAAAACGUAUUUCUCGGCUAUGGAAUAUCUCGAUUUAUAUUCUCGUUGGGACUAUAAUAUGAUCUAUAGUUAUCGGUUAUCUAUAAUGUGUUAUUUAAAUGCGAUUUCGGUGAUUCUGACCAUCGACUUGGCCGUGAGAUAAAACUGAUUUAUACUUCACACUUAAUUCAACUAUACAUAGUCGACCGUUGAAUUAUACAAAAUAUCUCACUGCGAAUAUAUUUAAAUAUACAUAUACAUAAUUUAUGAGUGCAAAUGUUAAGAAAAAUUCGAAAGAGAAAAUUGCGAUCGGAACUUUGCGAUUUUAUUCGAAAUUGAACGACCAUCGAAAUAUGCGCCUGUUUGGAAUAUACAUUAACGGUUAGAUACAAACAUUAUUCUGUUUGUCUAACUGAGACAAAUUUGAAUAAAUCUAUUUUCUAUAUAAACUUUGAUUACAAUACGUACGUCGUAGACUUUGCUUUCAAACAAUCCGCUUUUCAAAAAUUAGUUUUCAAACUUCCUCCCGCGGGUCUUACUAUUUAAGCAGUACGGUUAACUUUCACGCGUGGAAUUGUAUAUAAAUACAUAUAAGUAUACCCACACGCACAUGAAAAUAACAAUAUUCUGGCUACAUUCUUUCUGCAGUUAAAAAUUGAUUCAGACUUAGAUAAAUGAUUUGAUUAAACUUUUAGUUUACAACUUUUUUUUUGUAUGCAUAUAAUACAAUAUGUAAAGUUAUUUACGGUAAAUACGGGUACCUAUACCUGCUUAAAGUAUCAUGAAAAACACGUGUGCGGAUAAACCGCAACCGUUUUCCGCAACCCCGUGCCAUACUUAAUGGGAUUAAAUUUAAUACCAUAAUACAGGAACAGUUUAAGAUAUUGUGAGGCCAUUAUACAAAAAAAUACUGUUACAAGGUCUAAGCAUUGUACACUUUAAACCCUUUCUUACAGGAGAAAUCGUUUAAGUGUUUAUUACUGAUAUCAAAAAAAAAAAAAAAACUUUUGAGCUAUUGCAAUAAAAUUGUUGAAAAUAUGCACGCAUAAUGUACAUAUUAUGUAUGUACAUAUCUUUAUUUGCUUAACGGUCCUAAAAGAACCUGAGCUGCCACAAGCAAACUUCUCCGCCAUUCCUUGUCGAAUGUUAAUUCAACAGACGCAUUCAUAUCCAUCGUUCGCUUAUCGUUUUCUACAACGUCCCUUCAUCUCGUACGCGGUCUCCCCAGAAGCCGUUUUCUCUGUAUCGUUGCAGUGUUGACUUUUUUUAUGAAAUUUGCCUCAGCUCUCCAAAUAUCACUAAACCGCUCUAAUUUCUUGACUCUUGGAUACGUUAAUGCAGUUGGUUUUCCAUAUGAUUGGUGCACUUUGUCAUUUUUCCGUCUUUCAAAUGUUCGUAGACCGGAAUUAUAUAUCGAAUUAUCGCCAGAUUUCUACUAUCACAUUUUGACGUAGACCAUGUUUUAAACGUAAACGUGACGAUUGGUAAGAUAAGAUUUUGGCAGAUAACAAGUAUAGAUCAAUGUUUCUGUACUUUUCGACAGUAAUAUAGAUUUAAAAAAUAUGAGAUUAUAUAAUAACAUCUGUUUCCACUUGCUAUUCGUUCAGCUAUUUCCUGAUACAUGUUAUUUUUACGGUUUAUAUUUACACCCAAGUACUUUUAAUUUUUCACUUGUAUAUAUGUAUAUUAAAUCCGCUGAGUAAAAGGAAAUAAUAUAUUUCAAACGAACAAUUUUUGAGGAAGUUACUCAUUAAAAAAAUUACAAAUAUUAAUACAAUUUUCGAGACAAUCGAUCUCUGGUAGAUUUGACGGGAAAAAAUUAAUAAAGAAUCUGUUAUCAAAAUUCUUAUUGCUAUAAUCGAUAUACUCGUUAUAUACGUUUGAAAUAAAGCCUGUCUAAAUAAAUUUCUGUAGUGAGCAUGCGUAUAACAGACAAAAUAUCACAGCUCUCGAUUAUAUGAAAAAAGUUUUUCCUUACAAAUUUUCCGAUCUUUCAUUAUUUCAGAUGGAAAAUAAUAAUAAUAUAAAAUUUGAAAUGCAGCCUCGAUUAUAACUUAAUGUGGAUUUAAUAUCGUAUUAUUACUACAUAACAAUAUGCUGUGACCGAAAUUGUGUCCUUUGGCUAAAAACCAAAAGAUGCUCUUCUUGGAAAUUAAUCGGUGCCUGGCCUUUAAAAACCGCGAAACCGCGCACAAAUAUGUCGCGUGUACCUUUCCGUCAUAUUUGGUAUAUAAUUGUUACAUAAUCUAUUACAAAUGUCUUGAAUUAUUGAUUUCAAAACGCUCAUAAAAAAAAAAGAAAAUACUAAUAUUACUGAUGGGUGUUUCCAGUGUAACCUAAGUAAAUUUUAAAACAUAUCACGUACAUACGAGUUCUCCAGAAAAUGUAUAAAAAUGAACGAAAAAUGUGAAAUGAUUCUAUGUUAUUGAUUAUGAUUAUAGACAUGGAUAUUGGUUAUUCGAUCAAAUAUUGUGUCACCGAUCACCACCACCUCAAAAUAAAUAGGUAUUACUAACGCAAUAUCAGAACAUAUAAGUGGACGCCACGGUUUUAUGUAGAAAGUCGAAAGGUGGAAUAUAAUACAGAGUAACUUAAUGUAUAUCUUUACGCGUCAAUAAAUCAUAAUUAGUACAGACUUUAAAAGAACUUGCUUUGUGUAGCAAUUUGUAAUUAUUAUUGUACGACGCUUUAAUGUAUAGCGAAUUCGCUCAAAAUACCUAGGCACGCCCUGUGUAAGGGUUUCAAACACGCAUUUUUGAUUUAAAUAUAGCGAAAGUGCAUAUAUAAUCAUAUUUUCUCUUAUAACACGAUUUGAAAGUUUAAAAGGACCGUCGACUGCGAGUGUGUGGGUUAUAUAAAAAGAAAAAUAUUUCCCUGUCACUCUAUACGAGUGUCAUGUCGUAUAUUAUAUAUAAUGUAUAACGAACAUGCUCAUAAAUAAUACAUUUUUGAUUCUUAUGUUUAAUCGUAGGUACACUGUAAACUGUUUUUUAAAAAUAAAAAUACAGAUUAUUUCAUGUAAAAAAAAAAAAAACCAAUAUAUAUCUAUAAUUCGAAAUAUAAUUUUGUUUUUGGUGCUUACUUGAACAUUUUCUGGUCCAUGUGCGAUUAUUUACCGAUCAGUGUAUUUAUAUACUCGUUCAAUUUACGUUGAUUUACGGAUGCGGAACAUGGACACUCCAUAAGAAACAACACAAUUACCUUUUAAUAUUUGAAAGAAAAAUUCUCAGAUCUACCUUUGGGCCUUGCGUAGACGUAAAUAUAGGAGAAUGAAGGAUCUGAAAUAAAAGAUAUAUCAAAAAAUAUAGGUGAAACUAGAGACCCAAGGUGGUCACACGCUCGCUGCGCCCAUUCGGACAAUUUUAAUCGAAAAUAACCCUCGAUUUGUUGUGCAAAUCACGUCGGAUAAGUAACAAGGAAAAGUGAAAAGCAUUAUAAGUGGAAGUACCCUAUAAUUGACAUAACACUAUAACUUAGUUAUGUAUAGUCGUACUGAUAUUAGGUACUUAACUGUUAUCGCGAAAAUACGGUUAUUGAAAAAGAAGAAAUACCAAAAUAUGGUACUAUGAUACUAUAAGAGAGAUCGGUUGGCAGUUAUGAUACGGUUAUGAACAAACCGUUCAAUAAUUUAAAAAAAAUUGUUUGUAUAUAUUAAUAAAGUUGAAAUAUUCUGUCUAGUCUCUUAUCAAUUUUCCGAAAACUAUAACUCUCCGGAAAAUUGGCUUACCAAUCUAUGGUGAUAUCAUAUUAACGAUAUUCUGUUGAAUAAAUAUUUAAAUCCUCGAACUUUAAUGAUGAGUGAAUGUGUACACUGUACAUAAAUUUGUGCUUAAGUCAAAAAGGUUUAUUUAUUUUGUGCAUAUUAUUUUAUCUAUAGAAAAUUUGUUAACGCAUAAUUAAACAAACUUUAUUUGGUAAACAGGGCAAUUAAAAUAAUUAACAAUAUUAUAUAUAAAUUUAUUUAUUUAUUUAUAAACGCCAUUCGGCAAUUUUAUGACUACAUUUAGGGUUUGGUUUACAAGUAACAGUUAUUUAUAAUACAAUACUAAUAAUACACAGUAACAACGAAAAUAAUGCAGAGACAACAAAAUACAUAUUAGAUGGUGAUACAUUACCACUUUACAAAAAAAAAAAAAAAAAAUUAAAUACAAAAACAUUACAAUUAGUCGUACAUUUAACUACUUACGGUUGAAAUCGAAAUCAAAGCUAUUUAAAUUACGAAGAAUUCUAUGUUAAGGGUAGUUAUUACCGUGGGAUGUACUGUGGGCACUGCUGGUACUAGGAAAAAGGAGAGGUGUCUGGAGAAGGAGAAAGGGAUACGGAAUCAUACGUUUGAUAGAUCACCAGCAACUGUGGCGCUUCUUAAGAGUGAAGAAAUAAAUUGCCCGUCAAUAUCUUUUCGGCUGGAUGAAACUAGUGGAAUUUCCAAUAAACUACGAAUUAAGGAGUACUAA